CAUGCAACUCUCCGGACACAGGGGCGUGAUCGGGCAGAGGAGUCCCACUCGGGCUAGCUGACCCCGCGCUGCUGUCCCCUCCUCCACUGACAUGAUCCCCGGGACCGUUGUUGUAGUGCACAUAGAGCAAGAGGCCAAUAACAUUCAGGAUGUAAACAUGAAAGAAGACCAUGACCACGACGAAGUAAGCCCGGGAGCAGACAUUACUCCUCUGGAUCUGCAUCCGAUGGGGACGAAACGGAGGGUAGCGCGAUGGUAAAGGUAUAUCACUGAUGCCGUCAUGUUCCUCGUGCUCUAGUGAACUUUCAUCUUCCAUUGUGGCACCAAAUACUUGUAUGUAUAUGUGUAUUAUAGAUUUAUGUUUUUCACCUAACGUCCACCUAAAGACAUUAGCUAGCAGGCUGACGUUCACAAGCGUAGCUAACGUGAGCUAGCUACAGUGAAAACGGGAAACCAAACCUCUGUCUGUUUGGGAAAAAUGCGACACUAUCGUGUCUGCUGCGUUUUAUCGGUGUAAUAUCACAGCUCCGAGCAGAAAGGCUGGUGCUUCGGUUGCCGUUAAAAAAUAAAUAUGUCAUCAUUGACCAAGUUUCCUUAAUCCCGUGUUAGCUGAGUUGACUGAGCCCCUAACAACCUGCCUAACAACAAGAGGGGAAGGGCUGAUUUUCUUCUUCUUUGGACUAAUACGGCGGGCAACAUCUAGAUAAAUUGCACUACUGUCACCAGGCGGAGGAGAGAAGUAAAGAAAGAGAAGGAGGUAGCUUUUUCUUCUCUCUGUUUAUUGGCAGAUCGCAAAGUCAUGUUUUGGUGUAUACCGCCACCUACUGUCUUGGCAGACCAAUAAUAUCUAUCUAUCUAUCUAUCUAUCUAUCUAUCUAUCUAUCUAUCUAUCUAUCUAUCUAUCUAUCUAUCUAUCUAUCUAUCUAUCUAUCUAAAAAUGUGUAGACAUGAAAAAUAAAUCUAAAUUUACAUCUAAAUGCUAUAUUGAACAUAUAUUUUUAUAUUUAACAUUUAAAUUUAGAUUUAGAAUUUAUAUUUAAAUUCACAUUUGACAUUAGAUUUAGAUUUAUACUUAACAUUUAUAUUUGGAUUUAACAUUUAAAUUUAGAUUUAUUUUUCAUGUUUACACAUUUUUAACAAACAAAAAGAACAUGCUGCUUUACAUUAAUUUAGGUCUCAAAAAAAGGAAAACGAGCUCAAUGUGAGAAAAGUGAGCUAAAUCUUCACAAAAUGUCGCUUAUCAAACAGUGACUGAAUUUUUACAUUCGGCGCCCCAUAGUUAAACAAGUACUGCCUCAAAAGAGUGCUUUUAAAAUCUAAAAUAAAAAAACUCUGAUGCUCACAUUCAGUCACAACUAAAUUUUGUGAUAUGAUGAAAAUAGACUGAUUAAACUUGAAUACGUUUGUUUUUGUUUUAACACCAUCUAGUAGCUCUUAUUGCCACUUCACUCUCAACAGAAAUGAACUAGUUCUGUCUCUGCGACUGAAAGAUUCAAGUCAAGUCAAGGUUUAUUUAUAAAGCACCUUUAAAAGACAGCAGUCAAACAAAGUGCUGUACAUGGGAUAAAUGAAAGAAAUAAAUAAAUAGAUAGAUUGCAAUAAAAACUAAAGUUAAAAACAGUAGAAUAAAAUGCAGACAGUAAAAGAAUAAAGCUACAGUGCCUCUGAUUCCUGUGUGCUCAUUUAUUUAAAGCAAGGGAGAAAAGGUGGUUCUUUAAAGAUGAUUUAAAAGACCCUAAGGUCUGAGAGGCUCUAAUAUGGCCAGGUUAACUGUUCCAAAUUCAACCGCUGAAAAGGCUCCGUCACCUCUAGACUUGAGUCUGGUUUUCGGGAUGCUCAACAGUAACUGGCCAAAGGACCUUAAGGCUCUGGCUGGGGAAUGGUGAUACAAGAGCUCGGACAGGUAAGGAGGGCCAAUACCAUUGAGGGCUCUAAAAACUAUUAAAAGAGUUUUAAAAUCAAUCAAGCAGACUGGGAGCCAGUGAAGGGUCACUAAAAUAGGAGUUAUGUGGUUGCGCUUUUUCUUGCCAGAGAGGAGUCAAGCAGCAGCGUUUUGAAUGAGCUGAUGGCGGUUGAUGGACGACUUGUCCAAGCCUGCAUAUAUGGAGUUGCAGUAGUCUAUACAUGAAGUUAUAAAGGCAAAUUCAUCUGUUGUCAUGAGACUACAUUCUCAUGAACUAUUUCAAAUUAUAUCUGCAGUGGAUCAUUUUUGGCCCAAAAAACAGGAUGAAUGAAAACAGAUUGCUGUUCCUAGAGUCACCACACGGUGGAGGUAAAUAUUAAGAGCUGGACUCCCUAUUAACAGGGUUUGCUGUGUCAUCUGUGAUCUCUGACGUAACUUUAAGACCCAGGUGAUACCCGUGGAAAAGUAAGACUCUACUUUUACUUUUCUAUUUUGAAAGUGUAUUGCAAGGUGUUUGAGAUUUUAGUAGCAGGGCAGCACAAUGUACUGUGCAUAUGGGCUAUUUAAAGACUGUGUACCAAUUAAACGACUUAACAUGAUUUUUUAACCUUUCCUAUUAGUCGCACUAUGAAAUAUGAACCUAUAAACCACCAUAUGAUAAUGCUCAUCUUGUCUUGUGUUGAUGUCAGUGGGGCAGUGGUGGGAGCUACUGUUGGAUUUCCAUAUUUUCCCCCCUUUGCAUUAUUCAAAAGGCAUUUCUUUGAGGUGCAUAUUUAUACUGAAAAUCUUGGAUAAUGAGGGAUGAUUUCCCCCGUGACAUUGCCCUCCAAAUUAAUCCCCGACCCCCCCUUUUUUAACAGCGAAAAAAAGGUGAAGAGGAAGGUGAUGUUGGAGAGUCUGGCGCAAACACGCACAUUGACGGUCUCUCUAUGUAACGCACAGAUGCACUCACACACACCCCUUGCGGUGUUUUCCGGGAUCACGCCACUGCUUCCACUUGGGAUCCACACAGCAGCAGCGAUAUGGCUGAUCAUCACCGGACGGGACGGUGCUGUUGAUAAGCGAAAGUAAGGGGGAAUAAUGCGCGCUUACAGACUCCUUAUCCACUCACUCGGGCAAUGGGACACCUCCACGCUGAGAGUAACGCGGGGUUGAGCCAUACCUGACCGCGGGGAAAGGGAAAUCUGGUGCGUUUGAGGGCAAAGUAGUUGGAGGAACUUGUCGCAGUGGAUUGAGCCCAGCGUGCCGCCUGGAUUACCAUACACAAGUGGAACAAUAGUCUCCUGCAGCACAAACACUAGCAGGUCAGUAGUAGUGGUUUGUUUGUUUAGGUUCAGCCUCAUGUGUUACGCAUGUAGACAGUAAUGCUUUAAGAAUUACAAGCAACAUCCACGGGUGUCCUAUCACCUGACAUUGCAGGUGGACUUGUUUUUCAGCUCGUCAAAACAAAGGUAUUUCGAGAUUUCGACCGAAUUCCAUUGCGUCUGGAAUUCGCUGGUGAAUAAAAUCUCUGUAAAAAUCUGGGAGAAGUGAAGUGAAACCAGCAGAUGAAAACGCAGGUAAUGGACUAAACUGUGUAGUCAAAUUGGUUCAUGUAGUUUCCUGAUCUUGACAUGUUGAAGCCGCCGUCGUUAAAAAAAGGGGGAUACCCGCAGAGAUGACCCUUUGCAACAACACUGAGUUUGAGAGCUGUUUCAGGAGGCUGUGGAACUUUUCUUCGCCCUGCCCGACUCUCCUCCUCCCGGCUACUUCCGUCAGGAAAACACGGGGAGAGAGAGGGGCUGGCCGAAAACACAAAAGGCCCGAAAGGUAGAAAGAGGGAUCUUUCUGCCAGCAAGGCCCCGACGUGAACCUCCGCGUAUUUGGCUUUGGGGGUCCCGUGAUGUUAACCGGACGGCCGAUUGGUGCCAACUCCUCUGCGCUCUGCCCGCAGUCAUGUCUGAUUACACGGGUUCGGGACCGUCUCUCGCCCGCAGACGUGACAGUCCAGUCCUUCGGUCCUGCAGUGUAGCCUCGUGGGUUUUCAACGAUGGCAAGUCAUACAGGUUGAAGUCUGGAUGCCUGUAAAAAGAAAAAAAAAAGGCUCUGGACAUUAAAAUUCUUACCGUGUUGGGAGUAUCGUUGACCACUCAAUUAUUUAUAACCAUCUCAGUGUGGGAUUUUCAGAUUGGAGAUCAGGAGCAUCCAUCGAUGUUGUAAUGCAAGCAGAUUGGGAAAUAUCAUUCCCAACCAUGGUCGGUUAAUGACUCGUUUAUUGCUUUUUCAUAUCAAAACAAACCAUAAUGUCACCGUGCAGUAGUGCCAUAUUUCUUACGUUUUUUAUGUGCUGUCUAACCAGAACUUUGCUUCCUUUGGUGUUGUUGUUAUAAGGGCAAAGGAAGUUUUUACACAGUGUAAUGGUAUGAAACUAUUCACAGUGUGCUUAUUGCUUAUCUGUGUCCUCUGGUUUGAAUGUCACCUAGUGCACCACUCAAGUCUAAUGGUGGCAUCUUUAUACAUGAAAUAAUUUGUGAUCAGUGUAGCAGAAGGAAGAAUAAUGUACAACAAUGCAGUGCUUGCUGUUAUUCAGUGUUAUGUCUGUCUAAAAGUUAAGUAAUCAAAGCUUUUUAAAGCUCCUAUGAGGAGUUUUUUGACAUGUAUGAAGUAGGCUGAAAUUCAUGUUGAUGCCUUCUAAUGAUAUACAAGAGCAUUCAAGACCAUCAGCAAGAAGAUUGAAGAUUUUUAUAAUCUUAGUUUUGUUGUCUGAAACUGGUGUGAGAGGGUCAGGCCAAGCUGUGCAGCUGAAGAAACUGCCUUGUUUUUACAAUUUCCACUUAAAAUAUUCAUAUUGAUUGAUAGAUUUGACUUAAAAGUCAGUAAGAAGAGAUAUGUCGUAAAAAACUCACAAGUCAAGCAUUUAGCGGACAAGCUAAACAAAGACUACUAUGUUCACAGGGGCCACCAAAGUUGUCAGAAAUCAGAGGUCACUCACUCAUUUACAUGUGUUUUAAGUUAUGUCUAUUGUUUCCAAUGCUGUAUAUGUAUCGUAAGUGGAUUGUGAUGUUGCCUCACAUUACUGAGUUCUAGGUGAGAUAGUUUAAAUCAAUUUUGACCCUGUUAAACUAUAUACCCCUCAAAAUCAAAGCAGCUGUGUUCUCCUUCCUCAUUUUAGAUCUUGCUUUUGCUUUUUUCAGAUUUGCAUACUGCUUAUCUAGUAGCUUGUUUCUAUAAUUUCCUUUCUUAAUCUUACUCAGAAGAUUUAGGUUAAGUGACAGAAAAGAUGCAGGGAAAAGGCCCCUAGGCUUGUAUCAAGGGUAGACUUCAUUUUGAGUUAUCUUUUGGUUUAUGUGUGUCUGACUGUGUGGAUGUGUGUAGGUUUCUGUAGUUGGGCAGAUUUGUGCAUUACUCAUGCAUCCUCAGGCCGCUGCACCAAUUCGCGUUUGAAGUGCCACUGAGUGCCAAUUCCGCUAUGCCACAUUGUAUAUGUGAGUGCAUGCAUGCGUGUGAUUCAUGUGCCACAACUGCAGAGGAAUGCCUGUUUUGUUAGUGAUGAAAUAAAGACAUAGAGAAUAGCUGACACAAAAUCUGAUCCCAGCCUCGCAAGCUGUUAAAACCCCCUCCUCUGUUCUGACAGAGUAAUUUCUGAAUCAGAGGUCUUAUUUAUUUUAUAUAUUUAUUCGUAUUUUUGUCUGAUUGUGUGUCAAACCUGCAGCUAGCAAGUGGUAGUGUAAUGUGCUUACUCAGGUCGUCUGGUCCAUUCAUUUUUUUUUGCACAGGCAGUGGAAUCCCGGAGCAAGGCUGGCAAGGAUCACAUGCGGCGGUAGUUUAUUGCAUCCCAAACACUGGAGGGCUGAAAGUCAAUUUAAGAUACGACCAUGUGUGUUCCUGAAAGAGUAAUGUUGGAGGAGAACAGAUAGGAAGGUUUAAACUGUGAAUUUUUAGUGUUUAGCCUCUCUGUGUGUCUUUUCUUUUUUCACCUCAGAGACAGAAACUGCAGUUCCAGUGUAGGCUUGUAACCUAGCAACCCAAAUGAUCCAAACAUGAACACCUCACCUGCAUUCAAACACAUGUGCAUGCAUUUGGAAACUCAGGUGUGAUCUGAUGCUAACAGACAUACAUAGAUAACUUGGUACAAAGUCAAAGGAGAUCUUAUAUUUUCUAAUCAGUUGCUCCAUUAACCUUUGCUCAUUUAUGUUUGUUUUAUUGCUCAGCCUGAGCUAUACUGCUCAUUGAUUCAUCAACAAGGCAAUGGGGGUAGCGAGGGUACUUUUCAACCCUCGCUAAAACCAUAGAAGGGCUUUCUAGAGUGUUUGUAGGAGUGAAAGCGGCCUCCAUCAUCUGGAGUGUGUCCCUCUGUUCAGUGGGAGUUGUGUAUCAGGGUUGUUUGUGGUUUGCUGGGUGUAUGGUGAGUGUGGCUUACGCAUGCUGCCUGGAGCCACAUGUCCCGUCCCACUCCCUGCCUCGCCUCCGCCAAGCUCUUCACGCUGCCACGUCCAUCUGCACCACUCUGUAUCCAACACACAUUCAUAAUAACACUUCACUUUUCUUGACACUUUUCAAUUUUUAACACGGAGUCAGUAAAAUGCGAAGACAUGUUGUACAAUAGGCGUUCGCUGAAUGAAAACUAGUCAAAAUUAAAAUCACAGCAAUACGUCAAUAUCAUAGUUUAAAUAUGUGAUUAAAAAUCCACUUUAAAGCAGAAAUGUUUUGGGUUACACAUCAGCGAUAACUUGUUUGCAUGAUCAGUGGCUCUUCUAAAUCAGGACUUAUAAUCAGAAGACUUCUUUUCAUAGUUAAGCACAUAUAUUCUUGCUUUCUUAAAAUCCAGUCUCAGUGACCCACUACAGUCCAUUUGGCGAGGAUAAUGGAUGUAUAAAUUAAUUUUCCUAACUACCAUUAAACGGCAGAUGAAAAGGAAGUAAUGACUCUCCUGGUACAGUAGUAGGCAAUUUAAUCUGAAGCUUCAUGGACAAAGAGGAACUGAGUAUCUAACCUGGACUAUACCAUAAUUUCUAGAAAUAGACUGAAGAAUAUGUUGCCUGAUUAGUUGGGUCGAUUAAUAUUCAUUUUAUAAAACCAGCUUCAUAUUAGCACCUGCCUUCACCAGACUGAUAUUACCAUCAUCUCUUCUAAAUGACAAUAAACCUUAACCCAUUUAUCGUGUAUUAUAUCUAAAACAGUCUGUAGCGUAGGCCUGUAGAAUAAUGCCAUUCACUAUUCACAACAAUAUCAGCUGUUUUUUUUUAAAAUCUAUAGUAAAAACAGAUAACUUAAUUUUUCUAAAAUCCAUCUUAAAAUGGUAAUGUCUAAGGUAACCAUGUAUAUUAGAUUUUACAUGAUUGAACUUCCAUCAUUGCCAGACUUGAACAGAAAUGUGAUGAUGAUAUAAAUCUGGAGCAUCCAUAUAAAGAAUGUUACUAUAAAACCAUCGCUGAUGCUUAAUGAACUAUCAGAGAUCAUUUUAGGUCUGGAAAAACAGUGUGUACAAGUUUGCUGGAUAUGCUGGAUGGACCAACGCAAGAGUUGACUGAAACACUGAGAUGCAUCUUGAGUGAAAUCUCGCAGAACAAAUUUUUCCUGAUGCUGCAUUAUUUGCAGAUUGUAUCAUAUUUUUAUCGUUUGUUUACACUGCAAGUGAAACCAGACUUAGCAGAUGUAGACUAGCUUAGCUUUUCUUUUUGGGGCCACCAACUAACUCAACAGAUGGUGAUGGUUGUCAGAAGAAUGAAAGAUUUAGCAGUUUUUCCUAGCUACACCCAAAGUUUGUUACAUGUCAUAUUAAACUCCAAAAGGAAUUUUUUAGAAAAAGAAGAUGAGGGUAAAAAUCUGCAAAAGUCCUUCAGACUUUCAGACGUUCUUUGUUAUCUGUUACAAAAUGAAUGUCUUUGUCAUAGAGGUUGAUAACAAGAAAUACCACAUCAUCCUUGAUCAUAUUAGCAUAUAUACAGUGUUACCCUGCAGUUUAUCACUCUCUGAGCAGCUGGGUGAAGAGAUUCUCACUGCAUUACUGUUCAAUCUAACUGAACAGACAUUAGAUAAAGACUGUGAAAUUAAGCAUAAUUGUGUGUCUGUAUGUGUGUGCGGGCAUGCUCGGCUGUGAGCACAAGUGUGUGGCAAUGAUAACACUGGAUGUGUUUUAUCUGGGUAAUAAGAAGAAGUGUGUUACAUUAGCGCCUGUUCCCUCACAAUGUGAGUCACUUAUUUUUAAAAAUUCAUGGAUGACAGCGGUGAUGUCGCAUGAGGAGAACCCAAUCUCCUUGUCCAAGUGAGCGUCUACUCUGGCGAUGUCUGGAAAAAACAUGCAAAUGAUGGGGGAGGGAGAUUCGUUCCAUACUGAUAAUCCAUGGGUGAUGGAUGUUAUGAAAUGAGUGUGUGUUGCUCUCCCUGCCCCCUAUUGUCCCAUUUUAAACUUUUUUUCUAGUUUGGAGAAAUGCUCCAGGGUGAGGUUCAAACCCUAUCCAGCUGUGCUCAUGUAAAUCAGCAGAGGCAAUACUGUUCGCGAUGGAUACUUGCCGAAGCACAUCUUCUGGUGGAAAAAAAGCCAGUCUCUCUGCGCAAGGAUCGCUGGGUUUGAAUUCCCUCAGAGCACAGGCUGUCUCUAAUAGGCCUGAAAGACUGAGAGCCUGAAAGGAUGAAUGGCUUUUGUUGAAGCCUCCAAGGUUGGACACAAAGAGAAAGGCAGUGGGCGCCUUUCGCGCGUGUGUAUUUGUGUGUGUGUGCUUGUGCACGUCGGCUCCAGAGCCCCUCUGGGUUAGAUGUAAGUAGCAGGAAGUGGAAGCAAGACAGAAAUACUCUGCCAUAGCUGCAUCUACCUCUAGGCUAGUGAAGCAGAGCGUAAGGGAACAAGACAUACAUAGUGGCUUCAGUGCACAUAAAUACCCACAAUUUGAGCCACUACUGUAGAUACACACAUAAAAACAGACCCUAAAUGUCUGAACAAUGUGCAACUUUAAAAGCUCAUUGACAUUAAGAGUUACACGCAAAACUCCACACAGCACAUUAGCGGAUAUUAUCAUGAGCACUCUGCUGGAAAAACAACAUGUUCUUUAUUUGUACAUGUCCUUUUCACCCCCUUUAGUUUUUGGAGUGGACACUAAAUCAUGUUUUUAACCAACUAGCAUCUCUAUUUGAAGCCAGCUUUCUAUAAGAGGUGAGCCACAAUAACACCAGAUUAGAUUGGACUUAAGUGGAAUCAGCAGUAAUUCAGAACUUCAUCAUUUUUUGUUGACGCACAGCAGGUGAACACUUUGAAUAUGUCGACUUCAUUAUAGAUAAUUAAUGGAGAGACUCAUGUCAAUCACAACUCUCCAGGGAGAGUUCCUCUCAUCUCAAACCUCAGGGGAGCUGCACAGUCAGCCACUUUUUUUUUUUUGGAUUGUUUGUUCAGUUUUUUGUUUGUUGCCCUCUUUCUCUUUCUGUCUGUCUCUCUGGGUCUGCUCCCUCAUUCUGUAUGGUUUAUUCUGCAAUGUUUGCACUUGGGAUACAUGACAAUGAGAACACAUGCUGCAUGAGCAAACACAAUCACCGGGAGGCCAAAGAACUGUAGAAAAUACGGAGAGGCACUGCAGUAGUUUCACUGCACAAUGAGGUAACAAGAGCAGGAGGGAACCGUUUUUGCUAGCAAUGACAACAAGUGACUAUCAACAUGGCAGCCUUUAUUUUUUAUUUUUUUACCUCAAACAUCACUCACACAGUCGGAGCCUUAAAUGCCUUUAUAACUUGAUUGUAGUGUUCUUUGUUUUAGUCAAAUCUAACAUUAGAAAUUAAUCAGAUAAAUAUCAUUUGAAUGUUUGUAUGGACUGCAAUUGGAAGUAAAGAUGAAAAUCUGUGGAUUUUAUUCAAUAGGAAAUGCCCUAACAAACUUAACUUUGCAUUUAAAAUAAACACAAAUUGCUAAAGCUAAAGCUUUUGAGUAUAUAACUUGUUUAAUAUAAAGGAAAGGAAGAUUUUUUGAUAAUGUGUGAAGGCUGAGAUUUGUUGAGUGUUACUCUUUCCAGCUCCUUGGACAUGUAAAUAGGAUUUUACUUGGUGUUAAAAUAUUUACAUGGUGAAAGUAAACAAGUUUACUUAGCACUUACAAUUUCAUUUAGCCAUUGGUUUGACUCCCAGCCUUGACACACAGAUGCUUUCCAAUGCUAACGCCAUUCUCUUAUACCCAUAUUUUUUUGUCUAUCUUCCACCGCCCUAUCAACGAAGGUAAAAAUGAAAAUGUCACACAAGAAAAUGAUGACUUAGCCAACAUUUAUUCUAGGCUGGCUGCUUAAAAUACCUUCAAAAAAGGUUUUUAGGUGUUGUAUUUUACAUCUAACAUUUGAAGGGCUAAAUGAUUGAUUGCUCAUAACUGUUUAACUUCUGUUACACAACAGCUAAGCCAACAAUAGCUUUGAAAAGUGCAGUAUGAUUCACACAGGCUUCUUUUUUUAUGAAAACAACACAUUAAGAGCCGACUAACAGGAAAAUAUUUGGCGGAGGAGCUGCUGAAUGUUAACAGGAGCUUUUGUUAAUGGUGGCCAUUUUCUCAUCAAAUAUGAUGUCUUCACUUGAAUUGGGAUCAGGAAUUAUCGAGGGAUGCACCAAUCCGUUUUUUCACCUCCGAUACAGAUACAGAUAUCUACAGUUUAGUAUCGGCCAAUACCGAUCCAAUUCUGAUACAGAAAAGCUGCACUUAAUUACCUUUUGUUGUAACCUGAAGUUUUACCACUGCUCCUUGGAACGUUAACUGUGCAGGUUUUGCAAGUGGCCGUUGAGCUUGUAGCUCCAUUUUGAAAACAAUGUGGGCAUCUGCACAGCGUGUUUACUAAUGGAUGACACUCACGGCGCAUAGCAUAGAGUUAGAUUGAAUAGACCGGCCCCUAUGCAUAGGGCUCAUCAUCACAAUACCCGAUCUAGAAUUUUCUCCAGUAUCGGGACCGAUACCAAUGUCAAAUAUCGGAUUGGUGCAUCCCUCACAUUUUUUUCACCCUGAUAUUUUUUUCUUUUUUACCGCUAUCAACUCAACUUAACUCAUUUUAAUUGUUAAGCACUUUAAAACAACCACAGCUGAACAAUGUGUUGUACACAAAUAGACAUAACAACGACAUAAGAAAACAGUCAAAAAACAAUUAAAACAAUGGAUGAAAUAAAAGCAGAAUUAAAAAGUAAAAUAUAGUUUAAAUUUUUUUUAAAAACCAAUUUAAAAACAUAGAAACAAAUGACUAAAAAACAAACCAUAAAACACUAAAACAGGAGCCGAGUCUCAUGCAGGGUUAAAGCCAAUGAAUAAAAAUGGGCUAUGACUGUAUAAAAAAACUCGAUCUUCUAAAGUCAGAGAAAAAUGGCUGAUGUGUUGAUUGGGUGAAUAGCCUUUCUUAUUAUAAUAAUGACUGGGAUGCAGUUGCUGCUGAUGGAUGAUAUGAUAACGGUGUGGGUGGUUUGUCUCUCCCCUUCAGGCCGGUGGGCCCCAGUGGUACUGUUGAGAAGAUGGACAGGAUGAAGAUAAUCAAACGGAGGCUGUCCAUGUCCCUGCGUAGUGCCCGGCCUGUGGAUGACUCUCUGUCAGAGCUGGCAGAACAGAUGGCCUUGGAUGAGCCAUCUACUGCCAGGGACAAUGGUGAGACAUGUGAUCAAAUGCACCCACACACAGGUACACCCAAGCACAUUAGCACGUGUCUUAAGUGAGACACGAAGGCUGCACGAGGGGAACUACACGAUGAUAACUUUUGCAUACACUUUAACAUGUGAACCGUCUUCACACUGCUUUUACAUACAGUGUUUCAGUUCAGAGAGAGAGAGAGAGAGAGAGAGAGCUUUAAAAAGAUGCAAGACAGUGUGUUUCGCAUGUGCUCCAGCAGCUCAUGACUGCUCAUCUCUCAGGACAAGAAGAAGUACAAACUGACCUGGUGCUUUAAUUACAAAUGAUAGUGUAAGUGGCAGUGAGCCAAAUAGAGGUCAUAAUUGAUAACUACAGAGGAUACAAGAAGGUUAUGCAAAUUUAUAACAGCAAGUAUGUCACCUAUCUUCACUCUUUUGUGUCUUUCAAUUACACAGAUGAUUACUUGAUGAAAUAAUACAUGAAAUGAAAGCAUCUCAUUCAGAGUAUUUCCAGUAUCACUUGAGUUUUUCGGCCCUUUGGAGCCUUCUUACCCUUCAUCCACUUCACCUUAUCAUCUGCUUCAUCAUCAUCAUCAUCAUCACUCCUCUGUUCUCAACGCUUCAUUGACUCAUCAACAAGACUGAAAGGAAACAGAAUUUAAUUCACAAAACUAUGUUAGGCAUCCACAAACGUUCAAACCUGAUUGUAGCAGACGCUCGAGUGAUAGUAGGAGUGCAAAAAGCAACGUCAUUCUCAGAAACGCUGGGUGCCAUCUGCUGGACAUCUUCCAAGAUUGCAUCUCUCCUUUUGGAAAAAACACAGCCAUCAGUGUGUGUUUGUGUGUGUGUGUGUGUUUGCCUCUUAUUCUGGUUUGAAAUAAAAUCAGAUCCAGGGAGAAGAGGGUUGCUGUAUGUUAAAUCAAAGCUAUACUUCAAUUUGGAUGCAAUGGUGGUUAUCGUUUCUAUCCAUGCCAAUUUCUGUGCCUCUUUUUUGUUACCAUGGUCAUCUCUCCUUUCUACUUUCGAUAAGUCUUUAAUAGCUAAAGCUCUGACAUUUCAUUUCCAGAGAAUUCAAGGAGGUAGGAAGAUAAAAGAGGGGAUGGGUAUGGAGGAAGUGAUGUAGAGGAUGAAGAGAGGGACAUUAAACUUUAACCGCUGCUCUACAUCUUGAGCUGAGCAUCUCUUCUCGUCCUUGUCUUUACUGUAACAGCUUUUACACCCCUCCCCAUCUGCGUAGAUACCAUAUAGUCAGAAUGUGCUAAAGAGCUGUGAGAAAAUACUCCUCACAUUUGUCAAGGUUCCAGUUAGAAGCCGUUUCACACUUAUCACAAAUCAGUUGUUCCGUUUUGUCUCCAGAGGGCUUGUGGUACAGGAGUUUUAUCCUGUGAGGCUUUCAGAGGAUCGUUUAUCCUCAUCAGUGUUGAGCGUGGUGGAAUUCACAGCGCAAUGUGGGAGAAAUUGAGGAUUAUUUAAAAGAUAAAAGAUGUGACAAGUGGGAAUCCGCCCACACUCUCCAUAAAGGAUUCAUUAAUACUAAUGAAUGUUAAAGGAGGGUGGUGAUUUACACGUGCUGACAGGGUGUUCAACACAUUCGAGAGACCUUGGCGAGGGUAUCUUUGCUUUAUCCAUGAGCUGAAAUCUGGCCUUGAGACUUUGGUAGUUUGCUCGAUCAUUUUCCUGUUAGUAUUCCUCCAGCAUGUUUCUAUUUUCAAAUCUAGUUUCUUCAAAAUCAUUCUUCAUCCAUCCAUUACUCAACACGACUUCCUCUCUGCCUGCCUGGAGCUUCACUGAAUCCUCUCGCUGUCUCUAAUAACUGUUUCCUCCACUAGCAAGCCCAGCAGCUGUAUACACUCCCACCUUUUAUCUUCUACUUCAUAUUGACCUGUUUCUACAUGUUCUGCCACCUCUCUGUGUCUGGUCUCUGUGUGACCUUGUGUUGUCUCCCUCUCUCUCUUUUUUCCCCCUUUCCCUUCUACAUUUUCUGUUAUCUGCCUAUUUCAAUAUUGUUGCUUUCUCCCCCCUCUCCCCUCUUAUCUUUCCCUCCUUUUUUUCUGGCUUUGACCUACUCCUCUUUUAUUUGUGUUUAUUUGUGCUUUUCUUCUCGGCUUCCCUCUCUCCUCCCUCCUUUUUCCUACCUCCCCCUUGCUCUCCUUGCGUCUACAUCGUGCAUCUCAGAGCCCAUGGUGGUGUGCGCCCUGCACCCUCCCGCCUCACACAGUGCUCCCUCCUUCCUGCGUCAAUAUGCCGGUCAUCUGGGCCGCACCGCCCUACGCAGAGAGCCAGGUGGGGGGCUGGAAAGAGACAGAGCCUACCUGAGCCUGCACAGGACUGGAUCUCUGGGUACAAACACACACACAUUACAGCUAAGCAUUUACACACCUUAAAGAUCGAGGGGCAGAAGCUUAACAAUGUGCUGAAUUAGUGUAAUCCUAAAUUUCUGAAUAAUCACUUUGAGAAGUGAAAGCAAAGCCUGGAGGAGGUUUUAGCUCAGAAUGAGUUAGAGGAUCAUUUCUCAAACAAGUCUGAGUUGGAAAGUACUUUUAAAAUUUGAUAGUUUUAGUUGUUUCUGCUGUACUAAAGUAUUCUGCUGUAGGUCUCUAUUCUAUUAUCUGUUCAUAGGAUCUUUGACUCAGGUUAGAAAUUAGCUUUUAAAGAGGAGGCAGUAAAAAUGAUAAAAUAUAUCUACAUAAGAUUGCAAAAGCCAAUCCUUCUAAUCCUUAUAUCCUUUUUUUCUACAAGCCCUUUUGUACUAUUUUUUAAGUAUACUGUUAGGAGUACAAAACAGUAUCUUAUCGUUCACCUUUCUUGCAAAUACGCUUCCUAAAAUUAGUUUUCGAUAUAAACAUCCCAACAAGCUGUCCCCUUUGUCCUCCAUCCACUUCUAUCUUAGCUUCUACUUGUUGCAACAUUUUCUGCUUCUGUUCACUUCUUUGUCUGUGUAUGAGCAAUGCAGUUUCUAUAACCUCUCUGUGUUGUGCUCUACAUGCAUGUAGGGAAUAACAUUAUAUUUAGCUGUGCAGUUUUUAUAAUGCUGACAAUUCUACCUUUAGCAGUCUUGAGCAAUGCUGCCAUCUCUGGGUGGAUGACUAACCCACACAAUCACACACUGAUGUGUGUGUGUGUGUGUGUGUGUGUGUGUGUGUGUGUGUGUGUGCUGUUUUGUGCGUGCAUGCAUUUCAGUGGGUCCUCAGCUAGUUUAAAACCGUAUUUACUGACAUGACUUGGCCGACCUCCCAACAGCUACUACCAAUCUGGGGGCUAAAACUCUAAUGACCUUAAUCCAAACAAACACAAGCACACACACACACACAUUCAUGCACAUGACCCACAUGCUCAUGAAAUCACUUUAUACCCCUCUGUCUGUCUGAAUUAUGUAACUGAACGUGUGGUCUGUGGAUAUAUGGAUCCCAGUAAUCUCAUUUCCCGGUGUGACAGGACGACUUACAUCAGGAGCGGUGUGAUGGAGGGACAGAGAGGUAAAGGAAGCGGAGGAUUGAGGGGGUGUAAAAUGUGAGAUGAGUUUAAGAAUGAAAUGGAGCUCAAAAUUGGUACAAGGUUGAUUACCUUGGAAUAAGGGAUAAAGAGUGCAAAGUGAAAUGUAUAGAUGGAAGAAAGGAAAGGCGUGACAGACAGAGUGAUAGGCGGGCGUUAGGUUCACAUUAGCUCCUUCAGGAGUCAUAUAAGCUUUGUGCUUUGCAUCCCCAGAGUCCUGGGCAGAGCGUACUGCAGAAAAACCACAAUGAAACUCCAUUUAGCAUCUGCUGAACUUGGAACAGAGCUGGGCUUUAUCAUGAGCUUUGGGCACACGGUGAUCCUGCUAGCUGGGGAUCCAGGAACCAUGAAACAUUGAAAGACUCUGUAAAGACAAAAGAAAAGCGGCUUGAUGUUUUAUGCUUACAAAACUUAUUUUAAACUUCAAGAAACUCUGGAUUUUGUUCUGUCAAAGUUACUCGUCAAAUUGAUGCGUUAGACUUAAAGCUUCUGUGAGGGAUUUUUAGCCGUCUAUGAAACAUAAUAAAAUCAAAACUGUGUGACAAACAGAAAAAGCAAAAAGAAGGAUAAGUUCCUUGAAGUAAUUUUUAAAGGGAUAUUUCAGCAUAAAAUUAAGUUAGGGUCAAACACACUGUAACACCGAGUUAGACACCCCAUCAAGAGAUGAAUUUUGCUGACUGCUUGCUUGUCUAGUUAUAGAUAGCAAUACAGAGAGCCACACGCUCAAACAAAAAGCCACUUUAUAGCUACAAAUAACGCUCAGAACAGCACCUAACUUCAUCAACGGUACACAUAGGGUCCCAGCCAUAGUACUAGCCCACACAACUCACCCUCUCUCUUCCAGCAGCGCUUGUUUGUACAGAGACCUCCGUGUGAGUCCAUUGACUGCAGUGAGGGGGACGCAGCUCAAGGAAGAACAUUUAUGAUCAUUUCCUCAUGGAAAUACAAUCAGACCAAGAUGCUUAGGCAGAACUACUGUGUCUGCAGUGCAAAAUGAUUAAUAUGGUGAUUAUUACUUCAAGGAAAUGAUAAAAAAAUGAUCAUAAAUGUUCUUCCUUGAGCUGCAUCCCCCCGCUGCAGUUGAUGGACUCGCCCAGAGGUCUCCGUACAAACAAGCGGCUGCUGGAAGAGAGUCGAUGAGUUGUGUUUAGUCUUUUUGCUAAAGAAAUGAGGCAAAGCUAGAAAGAUGUUUGGUGGCUAGUGCUGUGGGACCCAAUAUGUACCGUUGAUGGUGCUGUUUGAGCAUUAUUUGUGGCUCUAGAGUGGCGUAACUCGGUGUUACGGUGUGUUUGACCCAAAUUUAAUUUGACGCCGGAAUAUCCCUUUAAUACUUUAUAUCUGCUAAGAAAGUUGUGCUACUCCAGAGAAAACUACAUUUUCCACAGCAAAAAUUUUCACAAAGUGGCAUGAGGAAGUUUACGAUGCUGAAAACACCCCUGGACGAAUAAAAAGCAAACACUUCUCUCAUUUUAAAUGUAAAAGUAAAAGCAGCAGGAAAAAUUCUGGAAAUACGGUUCGAUAAAAGUCAUUUUUGAAAACAGUAGGCCUGGCAGUUAUUUAAUCCACAGCUGCCCUUGAGAACAGCAAAGCCCAAAAAAGGACAUUACUUGACUGAGACGCUAAAGGAGAAGCCAUUCUAUUAUUAAAAUCAUGAUAAGGUGUAGUUUAAAAUGUUAAGAGGUACGCUGUGUGCUUGUGUGUGUGUAUGUGAGUGUGUGUGUUUCUCACUGGUCCUUCUCGCUGACUCACUGUGUGCCACUCAGCAGUCGAAGCACGUCGCAGUCUUUAAUAGAGCCACAUGAUGAUGCAAUCUCUCUUUCCUGCUGCACUAAAAGAGACUGUCCACCCUUUCAAACUUGCUCUCUCCAUCUGAAGGAGGUUUCAAUAAAAUAUCAGUCUCAUCUGUAUAAGUGGGCUUUACUGUGUGGUUAGAUGUGUACGUUAGAGAUGUUUGGCCCGAAGCCCGUCACCGGAGAGCUUUUACAGGUUUGUGGUCCAUCUGUUGCUAACAGGGCCAACACCCACUCCCUGCACACUGUACUUACAGCAAGGCGAAAAAAAAAAAAAAAACCUUUUCACCACUACCUCAUCUAUUUCUCCCAGUGAAGAUCUGUGGUUGCUGUAGAGGAUUACUCGGCCCUGCUGUCUCUUUUACAGAGAGAAAGGAGUCGGCUGAAAGCUUCGCACUUUUCUCUGGCUGCUAUUUCUGACGCUGCCACAGAUGUCUCUCCUCUCAUUCCUUCCUCUCCUUUUCGUCCGUUUCUCCUCCACAUACAUCAUAACGCUAUAUUUAACCUCUAGAUAAAACCAGAAUGGGGCAAAGAUAAAAGAGUGAAAGCUUUCAGACCACCUUUAUCUCCCCUCCCUGUGUGCUGCCCUUAUCUGUGCUAGGGAUUUAAUGUUGAUGCAUUAACAGCAUUAAUCACUAUAGCCCCUCUCCCUUACUCCCUACACUCCCUCGACCGUCCAUCUACUCAAGCAAGCCCUCUCUGCUCACUCCCAGAUUGAAUUUUACAAGAACAAUGGAGCCUACUCCUUUUAUCUGGUAGCAGGCUCUUUGUGUUCAUUAGUGUGGCUUGCUGUAACAUUAGCUUUUGCUUGGGGCAAACAUGUUGCUGAAGAAUGCUGGUUUCUUUCAAAGCUUCCGUGUAUAGAGGGAGGCUAUAAAGAAAGGAGGCGGGGAGUUAGGCGUUGGGGACCAGCAUGCACAGAGCCAAGUCGCUUACAGUAGGCUCUCAUGGUCCCGGUAAUUGAAUAAUGAGAUUCCUCAGAUGCAGAUAAAAGGUUUAGAGGUAAUUACCACUGUCUGAAUCCCCCCUUCCCCCCAAAUAGCUCUUUAUGCAUGUAUAUCCCUCCAAGAUAUGCACUUUGAUUUUAAUUGUUUCACCAGACUGAUGGCAAACUAAGGUAUUCAAGGUUAAACAAUAUAUUCAAUAUGAAGCUCUAAUCUGUGUUUUCAAAUAAUACAGUACAUACAGUAAAAGUGAAGAUCUGCAUGAAAAAGAAAAACAGAAUCACAAAAAAUGAAAAGACAAUGACAGUGGAGGGCAGUGAGCUUUUGUCCUUGACGAAGCUCAAGGUUACAGUAUGCUUCAUCAAUAAAAGUCUGUCGAUAUACUGAAAACCGCCUUUACUCUUUGCACGUCUUAAGUUUUCAGUGCAGAGUACCGGGCCUCAAAGAAAACAGUCUGUGCAUGCUAUGUUGAGCAGUGAAACCGAAUGCUUCACUCCUAUAGCUAUCCCAAACAUUUAUUUUAUACACCUUCCACUCCUCGGUAGAUUAUCUAUAUGUUUUCAUUCAGUGUAAAGUCUGCAAGAGAGUCAACAUAUUUACUCAUGAAAGCCAGUCAGACCAUUACACCAUGGCUUUGACCGUAUAUAGCUGUGUUUGUGUAAAUGGUCUUAUAAUUAAGCGCCACAUUAUUGACAUGUGGGGUGUGAGAGCUUUUCUGCAUGAGUGUGUUUUGUUGGUUAAGGCCUACAACAGACACCAGAGAUUAUUGACAUGAAGGGAGAGGUGACAGCUUUAACUCGCAGCUGUCAAACACUUGGAACGGUUUAUUUUCAAAGUGUAAAUCCUUCAGAGUAUUGUAAGGAAAGAUGGCAUUUAAUGCCUUAUCUUGGAGACAUUUCGAAUGCAGCUGCCAUUCAAUACUGUCAUGCUCUGAACACUCUUUUUUUUAUGCUUCCUUUCAUGGUCCUGUGGUCUAUGCCUUUAUUGGUAACACAUAUUUACUGGUUUAUGCACAAACGGAUAAAUAGGUUAACAGUCAGCGAACUGUUUAUGGCAGCAUUACAGCAAUACUUAAUAUCCUAAAUCCCCUUAUGAGAAUUUUUUGGUUGUGAAGCAGAUUGAAACUGAUACUUAUACACCCUUAUGACCCACAAAAGCAAACAAAACCAACAUCAAUUAGUUUGACAAUUUCCUUAUCGUUAUUUUUAUUGCCUGGACCCACUACAAGGGGCAAGGUUUAAGGUGAGUCAGCUUCAAGUACACUGAAAAUACUGCCUUCAAUAUUUAUAACGUGAGACAUAUUAGACUGUCAUAGUCUAGCAGAUUUAUUGCCUGAUAACACUUUUUUGGCUUGUAUAAAUGAAAAGAUCAGCAAAGUGAAUAAUCUUGGCUCACAUAUGGGUGCCAAAAUCAACACAAAUCAAAAGUUUCUCCCUGCAGUUAUAAAAUCCUCCAACAUUUUUAGAAAACAAACUUCUGUCUAAAAGCAUACCGUAAAAAAAAAAAUGUCAAACAAUCUUUGAAAUUAUGAUGCAAAACAGUUUUUAAGGCCAUAUUAACAGCGCUGAUUAAUUCUAACCUGUGUCUUAAUUUGGGAAUCAGAUGAGUGCAAUAAUGUACUUUAUGAUCUCGACUUUUGAGUUUAUUAUUCAAACCACUGACUGCUACACCAGUGUGGUCUGAAAUCAUAAUUUACAGGCAGCCUAGAGUUUUAAAGUCUGUGGUAAUUUUCCUUCUCCAAAAUGGUGUUCUGCUUGAUUUUAGAAUGUGGUUUCCUCACUGAUAUCUGAUUGUCUGCUCCCCCUAUGCUCAGUUUGCAGGCAGGAGCUCAUACUUGAAAUACUUGGGUGAUAAUCCGAUUCCCUUUGACGCAAAGCAGAUGUUAUGCUUUCGACCUGUCAGCUGAGCCACCUGGAAGUUUUUCUAAAUGAGAAUUCAAAACGUGUUAUUUCUUUAUCAGUGUGAAAGCAGGAAUGAAGAGCUUCACUACAGUGUGCCGAAAGAGACAAAAUUUAAGAACGCAUUAGUUUUUUAAUCUUAAUUUCAGCACAGUCAAGGUCCAACUUAAAAAUAUGUUAAUGAAACUAUGUAGAAAUGUUCUGUUCAAAGCUAAAGUUGUGCAACUGUGAGAUAUAACUGGUAAAAAUACAAUGAAAAGAAAAAAAAACAUACUGAGAACAAAAAGUCAAAAAGUUAUAGUCCUCAAUGUUCUUUAACAGCGAUAUCGAGCAUACUAUCCUGUUGUUGAUGCAUUAGUAUACAUUACAACCCUUGAUUAAUGAUCACAUCUUAACAUAUACUCCUAAGGAAGUACACAGACAGAUAUUUUCUACUAGUUAAAUAAAUUGGAUUAUCAUUAAAAAUCAAAUUAAUUAACUUUGAUCCAGAGACAACUUGGACAUGUAUUGAACAGCUGAAAAUAUCAAUAUAUGAGAUUUAAUAAAUCCUAAACAGAUCAGGUUUAUCAAAUUAUAAGACCUCAUUUAAAGCAUAUUGGGUACAGUGAGAAAAACAAGCCUGUGAUUCUUGUAAUGCUGCCCCCUUCUGGCGAUCCUGCGCACUUUCUUAUCAACAUUCAAAAAGGUGUUUCAAUGUGGAGCAUCUUCAGGAUUUCCACUUCUACAUCAUUCCCAAUAGCUCUGUGUGUGAUGAGUGUGUUUGAUCCUAAUAUGCUCUCUUGUCGUGUCCCAGAGAGCUAUUUGCGUGUACAUUUGUAGUGAUACACAGUGUGUGUGUGGUUGAGGUUGAGCAUGAAUAAUGGCCUGCAUUUUCAGGUCCAAGGAGGCAGGACGGAGGAUGAAAGAGAACAAGGAGGGUGGAUAGGAUGGAUAAAGAGAGAAGAUGGAAGCGAGGAUGCCGUAGGCGUCACUCAAACACCUCAGGGUUUCAGUUUCAGUGCCAGAGAUUGAUAAGGACUUGGAGGAAGAGGGUUAGGAGAAAUGAGAGAGAGAGAGAGAAUGAGAGAGAGAGAGAGGGAUAUUGCAGGUGAAGAAAGGUGGAUCAGGCGUUAAAAUGUUGUCAUCUGCUCUGGAAUGGAAGAAAAUAUUGCACCAUGUUUUUAAUUAAUAACCAUGUCUGGAUCCAAACAGGAAAAAUGAUGCGAGGGAGGGAGCGAUGGAGACAGAAGGAGGGAGUGAGGGAGAGAGGGAGAGAGCGAAAGAUUGGUAUCACAUGAGAGGGAGGAGAGUAAUAGCAAGGUGAAGGGAGGGAGCAGGGGGACUAACAACAGUGAAAGCACUGAUAGGGGCGCCAGAGGCAAGGAGGGAGUGGAAAGGAGGAGAGCAGCAGAGCAGCCUGAAUCGAGGAGGAGGAGAAAGAGGGAGGACACAGGGAAGAGAUCUGAGAGAAGAAGGAAAACAACAGGAAAAAGAGGACAGCACUUGGCUGUAAAUGAGAAUGGACAAGGAGAAGAGGACGCGAAAAAGGGGAGAUAGUAAUAAUUAGAUUGUUUUUCAUCCUCUAAAGAGGAGGAGGAGCUGUAAGUUUUGGUUUCUGCACGUGUUUUUGAGUGCGUGUGUGUCGCUGUGAAUCAUAGAUAGAGACAGAACACCUGUUAUUCAGAGAUGACGGGGUGUAACAGUUUCCUGCAUUCGUGUGUGCAUGUGUGCGUGUCAGGCUGUCUCUGCAGCAUUUUAUCUACCUGCACGCUGUUUGACCUUCCUUAGUCAGCAGGCAGAGUGUGACUGCGGAGAGAAAAAGAGUGAGAAAGAAGGAGAGGUGGAGAGAGGGAGUGUCUACAGGAAGAGAGAGAGUGCUAAAGUGGAGUAGUAGCAGAGGGAGUUGUUGCAUUGUGAUUAGUGUGCCUGUGCAGUCUGCACUGUCCUCCUAAUGUAAGACCUGUUCUUUACUGCGGGGGAUCUCUUGGAUAUACAGAAGAUUGGAUUUUGUCUGCAAAAUUUUAACCCUCGAGUGGCAGCAACUCCUGAAACCUGAGGUCCUAUACCCAGACCUGGGACUUCCAAGACUGGACUCAAGUGGUUCCAACUCCUAGAGGAGGCCUUGAUGUGAUUUUUGAAAUUUGAAGUACAUUUUUAACCCCGGUACUCUGAAUCCUCUGGAGCAAUGGAUAUGCCAAGCAACCCCCAAGGGUGCCCUGCUCGUGCUCCUAGCACAGGAGACCCAAGAAUAGGAGAGGCUAGGAUGGGAGAGGGAGUUAGACUGGGGGAGAGAGACACCCCAUUGAGGCUGUCACCUUUCCGUAUGCUUCGAGUGCUGGACUCGUGCCGUCCUCCAGGAAACCGUAUCGGUGAGUCUCGUCGCUGUCAUGUGUGUGUUAUUAAGUUUAUCUGCAUCCUGAUCCUUCUAUGCAAGAGAUCCAAGUCAAUUUACUCUCAUCUGUAACAUGUGACUUUCAUCCUGUUGGUGUUUACUUAAAGUCACAUUUAUGCCCUGAGGUUUUAUAAGAUACAAAGACAUGCAUUCACAUAAAACAGCAACUCUCUGCAUCCUUAAUUCCAACACGUACCUUUCCUUUGUGUGGCUGAUUUAAAAUUCACAGAUGCAGUUGGUAGACCUGGGGCACUGAGUUUGCGUAUCUUUGGGGAUCCUAUGCACUCCUUCAAGUUCUCCCUUUGAAUAUUUCAUUAAUUUUCUUGUCAGCACGAUGGCUGCAGGAUCUCCGUUCCUGCUGUUCGAGCCAAAUUCCAAUGAAAUGCUAUCCUUUAUUCAAUAUAUUUUUCGGAGCUCCUGGACUAAAAACAAAAACAGAAAAUGACUCAGUUCAAAGUCUUGUAAUUUAAGGGCUUAAUAUAUUAGAUUUGGACCAUCAUUAUUAGCUCAUUGGGUGAACCACUUGGUAACUCUACUGAAUCAAAAAACACCCCACGUACUCUUUGAGAGGCUUUCAAAGCAAAUCUUACUCUAACAUAACCUCUUGAUAUCCACUCAAUCAUUUUCUGUUGCAUUGACAACGUGAGCCAGAGAUGGAUUUUCAGUUAAGUGGAGUGCGAGCAGAGCUAGGUGAAAUAAGGAUAGCCCUAAAAGCAGCCCACUCACUCUUCCAGACAUGCUAGCAAGGAGUCAGCAAACCUUAACUGGGCCAGCUUGGCUCCACAGAUGGAGGCAGUAGUAGCUCAGUGCUCUGCGGACGUGAAGCAGAAAGACCCUGCAGAAAACCAAGUGAGAGAUUCCAUGGUGUUGUAGAAUUUUAUCAGGGCCAAGGUGAUGGAAUUUUCCUCCAAGGACAGUCACCCACAUCCCUUGAUUAUUUACGCAAACAGACAAGCUCAGGCCCCCUCCGGAAAGUGAGGAGGACCUAUGACAUAACCGCACUACUGGAUACUCACCUGUUGUUAUCAUGUGCUCAUGUGAGUGCGUCUGCCAGUGUGUUGAUAUCCUGGAUCAAUUCCCCUCCUCUCUGGUGUCCGUUACCUUAAGUUUAAUGUUUCAACAUCAGGGUUGUGAGGGUUGACUUCUUCUAUGACUACUGACUCCUUCACUUUUCUUAACAAGAUAUACUAUACGCAUAGUUUAUAUUCUCGUGUCUGGAUUUGAGGCCACAGGCAUUACCUCAGACUUAGAGAUUGAAAUCAUUACCGAGAGGUUUAGUAAGCAUUUACACAGAUGGGUUGUGUUUGGGUUGUGUUUCUUUAAUGAGCAUAUGCUGCUUUAGUCAACAGAUAGUAAGACUAAGGACAGAUGUAGGCUGAAAUAAGCAACUGGGAUUUACACAGAUAGUCGGGUGUUUGUGUUAGUAAGAAAAGCACCAGGCUAGUAACAAUGUAGAAUUGGCCUUUAAAAAUAAUAGGUUUUAUUUUAUGAGUAGUUUUACUUUCAUACAAUAGUGGGAGGUUUAAACUAAGCAGCAAAAUACUUAUUUAUUUUAGCUUUUAAAGAAAUACCCAGUAACGGAUCAUAACUAGACAUUUUCCAUGAAUGCAUAUGAGUUGAAUUGGCACUAAAGGACAAAUGAAAUGAUUAAAAAUUGCUUGAUAUGAAGCAAAGAUUCUAGUCCUUAGUCUAUGAAUUUAAUCUAAAACAGUGUAUAGACCUCAUGCUGGGACCAUAGACUGGCUUGUUUUUCUCUAAUACUAACCUUGACUUCAUGAGAGAGACACACAAAUGACCUAGAAUCGGCCCCGGGUGGUGUGGCUCCCCUUCACGUAUGACAAACGGUGCACCGUGAUAAAUCGCCGCACCUACUCGACUUUCAAUUGUUCUUUUUCAUGGUCUGUGACAACAUCAUCCUAGGAGGUAUUCUCUGUCUGCUUUUUCGUGUCUAUCCAAAUCCUCCUCCCCCUGAUCCCCAUAUUUCCCUCCUUCUGUCACCUGCCUGUGGAACCCUGGCUCUUUAAAUGUGAAUAAUAGAAGAUGGUAAAUUACGAUGUUGCUAGCUCCAGGGGUGAGCUUUACCAUCUGCCAGUCCUCGUACACAUACAGAUGCACACCUCACUGUGACCCUAACUUGGGUGCUAUCAGGCACUGUACAACAAAACCCAGAGGAAGACCCCUCCCCCACAUUUACUCACAGACCAUUGAGAGAGGCAGUCCUGUCUGCUGCACCGUGACUCAUUAAUCAGAUGGAUUCAGGGGGGUGUGGAGGUGUGGGGGGUGGCAGGCAGAGACGGGAAAGCUCCCAUUGCAUGCAGGGCAAUAUCGAUUUCUGACCUCCUCAUCUUACCAAUGGCAUUUUAUACACACUCACACAUAACCCCUUAAUAGCUGGUGGUACAAUCCAUCAUCCAGGGACUGGGACCUCACAAUUGCUUUUUUUAGGGGGGGUGAAUGAAAUUUUAUACAAGAUAUGGUGUCCUCAGAAGGGUACAUAGACAGAUUGAUGGAAGAAGGAACUGAAAAGAGGCACAGAGUCGUAAAACAAAAUAGAAACCUGAGAUGAAUGAGAAUACAGUUCACUACCGCAGAAUAAAACUCACCUUGAGUGUUUGUGUGUUGCAGGUAUUGUCCAUGAGAAUGUGAAGAUGGGUUCAGAUGGGGAGAGUGACCAGGCGUCAGGAACUUCGUCUGAUGAGGUCCAGAGUCCCGUCAGGGUCCGCAUGAGGAACAAUCACCAUCGGCGCAUCUCUAAUGAAGUAUGGAUAAACAAACACUCACAUCAAGAAAUAAAUAUAUAUAUGGGAUUUCUAAAAUCUUCUGGGUCACAACACACAGAAAAGAAAUUCCAUAAUGUCUCAAUUAAGCUUUGCCAUGUCUGUGUCAACAGGACAGAGUUAGUCCAUUAGAGAGCUUUAGCAAGUUGAAAUGAUACUAAAAAGGUCUUGUUUAGCAAAUACCAAGAUCAUAGUUGAGUAAAAAUGUAUUUUUUUACCCUUGAUGUGUUUGACAAAAGGGUAAUUAUAAUGUCCUGACCAGCCAAGUACAAGUAAUUAGUAUUGACCUGAACAAUCCAAAUAUCUAUCAGGGUCAGUCAGAUGGCGAAGAAGUACAUUUUUAGACCAAUCCUGUUUCUGUUAGUCAUUAUUUGGUCAUUAAGUCAUUUCUUUUUGGUGGACUUAGGUGUAGCAUGUGAUAUGAUAUGAUACAGUUUGAGAUGCACCGUUCCAUUUUUUUCCGAUCCAAUCCAAUACCGAUACCUGGGCUGAGCGUAUCGGCCAAUAUCCAAUACCAAUCCAAUACUACUGGUGAAUAAAUGAACUGUACACCUUGCCCUGUGAGUGAAGGCAUCAGGCUUGACAUUAGCCCUGUUAAAAAAAAAGGUAACAAAUUAACACCGAUAUAAGUUUACUUCAUAUUAUUUAUUAACGAAUUAUACUUCCAUGUAUAAAAAGAAAAAUUAAUUAAAAGAAAAAAAGACUGGAUCGGAACGCUGGAUCGGCAUCAUUCACCCGAUAUCUGAUCCAGUUAAUUUGUCAAUAUAGGAGCCGAUAUCCGAUCCAAAUAUUGGAUCGAUGCAUCCCUAGAUACAGUAUGAUAUGAAACAAUAACAUCAUGAUACAAUACGAAACGAUACGAUACAAUACGAUACAAAUGAUAUGAUACAAAACGAUACGAUACAAUACAUCAUCUUUUAUUUUGCUUAACCAGCUUUGAGAUGAAAUAAGUUGCGUUUCUAUGUAACCGCACCUCUACCCUUUAGAGCUGAGCAAAUCAGCUAUUAGCAUCCUUGUUUUCCUCAUCCUUGAGUAUGUGCUUAAUGCCUCGACCAGAUUGUGUGUAUGUGUGCGUGUGUUUAAAGGAGUUGCAGACUGAUUAGUGCAGCUGUAUUACGGGAAAUGCCUCUGGACACACAGGCUGCUGCCUCUGACUGCUGUGAACGGUGGAAGGGACUAAUUUAGACCAUUUUUACCACAGAGACAGAAAGAAGGGAGGGGGGCGGAGAAAGAGAGAGGCAAAUGAUGGGGUGAAAGAGUAAUUAUGAAAGUAGGAAUAAUUACUGAUAUGACAAAGAAAAAGAGACAAGAACGGAGCUCUGGAGACGAUAAGGAGGAAGUGGGUGAAGGAGAGAUGGAGGACAAAUUGACAGGGGGUUAGAAGAGCAAAACAUUUCCUCUUACAACCAAACCUCUUCGUUCCCCCCUUCCCCCCAUCUGCCUUCUCCCCUCAGGAAUCUGUCCAUUCCUCUUUCCUCUGCUCCUGUUUUCCCCCUCCUCCUCCUCCUCUUCCUCCUCCUUCUCCUCCUAUUUUUUCCUCCUCCUCCUAUGAGCAUGUGGAUGGCACUCUACCACUGUGCCAGCCUCUUUCUCUCUCUCUCCCUCUUGCUCUCUCUCUCUCUCCCUGUCUGUCAGUGUGAGUGCAGUCAUGUGGCAGGUCAGAGGCAUGGAUCGUGGAAAACGCAUGUGUGUGAGUGUAUAGAAAGACACGUUUAAGGAGGACAAUGAGGGAGCUACUAGAGCUGUUCUGCAUUGUGAGUAUGGGGGCAUGUGUGUUUGUGUGCUAGUGUGUUUGUGUGCUUCAUGUGGAUGGCUCUUCAAUCUUAACCACAGAGUAAGAGGGCAUUUGUGUCAUUUCAGCAGUUGUUGUCCUAUUAUAAAGGAGUGAGAUCAAGGGUUUACAAAUUGCAUGACAAUUUGAGUGUUAUACCAAUAAGUUGGGCAAAAUUUGUAUUUUUUUUUUGGAUAGUAGGCAUCCUAGCUUGAGAUGUUUACUGCAUACAGUGCAGCACUGCUAGCUUGAUGUUAUUUUAUUAUUUUACAGAUGCAAACCUUCAAUGGAGCUUUCGAAUGUGUAAAUAGCAUAUGCAAAAGUCAGUGGGUCAUGUUAGUGCAUGUGUUUACAGCCUAUUUUCAACACAUUAGCUCAUGCAGUUUGCAGAGCCUUUCUUUAAGUCUUCCCUGUGCGUGAGUGUGUAUGUUUUCAGGCCGAAUUUCCGUGUGGUGUGUCACCGUCCUCAGGGUUAUGACUUGUUUGUAGUACUGCAUGUUGUUAUGUUAGCCAUUGAGCUCAGUUAAAACCAUUAAAGGCGUAAAAUCCCUCUCCCUUUCAUCUUCAGGCGCACACGUACACUUUUCUGCCCCCCCCACGCUAACGCUCACAUGUAAACACACAUAUCAUUUCACACGCUGACAGCGAGGACACAUACCACGGGGCUGUUGGGAUGGGGCCAGCCUGUCAACGCUGCCAUGGCAACAACGUGUGAUUGGCACUUUGCCGGGGAACAUGCCCUACAUGGAUAGCACCAAGGAGUGAUGCAUUGAGGGAAAAGUAGCAUCAUGUUAAUUAUAUAGAAGCAAGUAGAGAGAGGAGAAGGUUAUUCAAGCCAAUUGGUGAUAGGUUGCAGAUAACAGGUAUUCAUUUCACAUGAUACCCUUAAUCUCUGCUGCUCCUAAAGACUACAAUGAAUGUAAGCUAAACGCACAUAUAGAGGUAUGUGGUAUAAUGUGGGUAUCUGUUGUAUUUCAUGUUAAACUGUAGAACAGAAAUGCCAAACAAGGUCAUAAAGCUUAAAGUCAUUGUUUUUUUAUUAGAGUGAACGUCAUUUAGGCAAACUAAAAUGUCAUUUUCAGUGAGUAUCAUAUCCACAGUUUAUUCUACCCACAAACUUCAUCCUCAGUGUCAGAAAACAGUCAGCAGUCUUGACUAAAGCAGCCAGUCAGCAGCUAAGGGGCCAAAACGUUGUCUCUACUAACACAUUGACAGGACUGACAGAUAUUUUUAGUAGAAAAGAAGGAAAAGUAAGCCAAGUUUGAAAAUAGAUUAGGAGCCAUAAAGUGGUUAUCAAUUCUGGAGAGUUUGCAGAACAUGUCAAACCGCCCUCAAAUUGAGUUGGAUGCUUGGAAUUGAUGAACAGGAGAAAACAGCGAAGGACAGAUGAUUGGUUUAAACACUAACCUUCUUAUUGAUGCUACACCAAUUAAAAUGAUUGCAAAGUCUAGAGUCUUUCUGCCAGCUUUGACUCAGUCUAAAGCACAUUAGGAAUAUUGAUAAAGAUGUAAUGUAAUGAUGCAUAAUCUUAAAUUCAGGCCUCAUUGCUUUAAAAUGAAUUGAUUUGCUUUUGGACUCAAUGGAGUUAAAAGGCGGUUUUAAAAAGUAAAUAAAAACUCUGGUUAAAACUAUUUGACCAGGAAUAUUCCCAUUGAGAAAUCUUUAAAUUUAUAACUGAUAUCUUUCAACUUCUAAUACAUGUUUGACAUGUAUUUCUAAUCUCCUUCUCCUUUUUGAAUCUUUAUUUUUUGUUGUAUUUCAGGACAUCAACAAGCGUCUGUCUCUCCCGGCUGAUAUCAGGCUACCGGAGGGCUACUUGGAGAAGUUUGCCAUGAACAGCCCGCCCUUUGACAAGCCCAUGAGCCGCAGGCUACGACGUGCUUCACUGGUCAGUGCUCAUUGUGCCUGUGUGCGUUAUUUGCAUCUGUGUGUAUGUGUGUGCAAAUCAGCUGAAACUACUCUCUGUUGUUGAGUCAGCCGCUUGGUGAUGUACACUUUCGUGAGUACAGUUGGGUGUAUGCUUCUUUUUCUGAUGCUGCAUUGUUUUGAAACAGGUACAUGUACUUUCAAUGCUAUUGUGCAUGUGCGCCACUCAAACAGCUGACUACGGCUGUUCUGUCCAGUGACACACACUGGCAGGAGAUUGACCUAUGCUCAUUAUAAAUACACAAUAAGUUAUUCUUUAGAGUGUACAAUAGCUCAGUAGGGGGAUGAAUGAUAAAUUCAUUCUGUAUUGUGCAUGCAAGCCAAGAGUAUUAUGGGUAUGAGAGGGGGUGGGAUACUAUUGUAUGGGUUGGGAUGGGUAGAAAGGGGCAUAUGUACAUAAAUAUGCAACAUGACCCGUUAUACCUCUUGUAAUUCAGCUGAAGUGCUGCUGUUUCCACUUGAUUUUAUUUUGUUCCCGCUUUAUACCACAUUAGCCCUCUUUCUACACACCUGAAAAAAGCAGGAGAGCACUUGUAUGUUUAAACGCGAUACCAGAAAACCUCUCUGUACUGUGAGAAAGCAGUAAGGAUUGGCUCUCCAUCAACCGUUUUUACUGUAAUUAUUGAAAAGGGCCUGGACUCUGUCUUUGGUUCUCUGCUUGAAGUGAUUUAAUGACGCAGCUUUUCUGCUGGAGUCAAACAGAGAUGAAAGGGAAGGAUCUUUAAAAAGAGGUUUGCAGGGAAAAGAAGAGGGUUUAUGAUGUAAGGUCAGACGAGGAGAAGGGAAUAGACUUCUGAGGUGUUGUGUCUUUGCAAUGUAAAUGCGUGGCAGACGUUUGCUGACAGACUUGUACGUGGCUAGUUAUCUUUAGGGUUGCUGUAUGCAUCUGAUGUAAUAGAUCAAUCAAUAAUUCAGCAGCAGCAUCAGACUCAUCCUCUGCAGCCCCCCCCACUCAUCAGGGCACCUUGAUGUGAGCCAGAGAGGAAGAAAUAGAUGACAGGAAAAUGUUAAGGAGGGACAGGGAGGCAUGAUGACUAAAAAAUAGGUAAAUGCUUUUGUGAUUAAAAAGAUGUUUAGAGGUGUGUAGCAUAAGAAAAAAACUCUGUAUGCUGUAUGUAGGAAGUACAAAAACAACUGAACUGUGUUGUAUUGAAUAAAGAAACUAACUUUUAUUGUCAAGGUGGGAGCCAAUUACACAGUAUCCAUAUAGCAGCUGUUUUCCUGUGUUAUCAUGCCUCAUUUAUUGAUUUUAAAUGCUUUUAAUCUCUUUUUUCAUUUCCAAUAUAUUUCCUUGCGUCUGUAAACCACUUUGAAUUGCCUUCUGUAUGAAUGGGACUAUACAAAUAAACUUGCCUCGCCUCACUGCUCUAAUCUAGGUUGUCAGUCAUACAAAUAUGGAGAAUCAGGGAGAUUGUUUUGAUUUCACUCCUCCCUGUCUGAUAAACAACGACAAAGACGAUGGAAAGCGAACACCUGGAGACAUCAGGCGACAUUUCCAGUCAAAGAACAUACUCAUAUUGAUGAUAGCUAUUAUCAGUGCACAGAUAAUAUUCGCAUGCAGCCACUUCCUCACUCACGUUUAAGUCUGAGAAUUAUAGAUAUGCUAGAAAAGGAGGAGAUUCAAUCUGGGUAUUAGCCCUUAUCUUAAAUACUUUUGAUAAGCUUAAGCUGGACCGAAUUGAAGCUUACAACAUUUAGCGUCUUCUUCACUUCAAGCUCUUUUGCUGUUUUCAUGAUGCUGUAUCAUCAGCUCAGGCAGCUCAUGAGCAAAGUUGUCAUUUAAUAGCUGACAAACUUACAUGGACUUAUACUAACGGCAGCCAAAAAUAUAGUGGGCUGGGCAAUAUGGGAAAAAGUUUAUCACGAAAAUUUUUUUAUAUCAGUUGAUACUGAUGUAAUUACAAUAUAAAAAAUGAAAUUUAAAAGUGUUUAAACCAAAAUACCUCCACGCCACCGAUGUUUUCAUGCCAGUGUUGUCAAAGAUAUCGUCAUCUGUUGAGGCUUCAUCUGUAUUUCUGCUGGGGGUAGCGCCCAUUUUCAUUUUUUCUCACCAACAGCGCUGUUAGUUUCGCGUUUUAAAGUGCUAUGGUUGCGUGUAGCUGCAGCCGGCUAAUACAAAGUUGUUUGCUACUUGGUACUAAUUCAGCACGAUAAGUUCAGCAUAAAGUGGACCCGGAGCAACUCCCAUUUUCAUUGGCUAUUCGUAAAGUCUACCAAAACAUGGCACAAUCACAACUAUUGAAAAGUAUAUUGACCAUGUUUUAUAUUGAUAUUGAGGGAAAUUAUUUUUCAAUAUCGUUAUCGUUUUAUCACCCAGCCCUAAUUGGGGUUAUUAUUCUUUAUCCAGUUUUUCAUUUUGGAAAGUACUGACAAAUUAUUCUGCUUAUUAUUCAGUUUUAUUUUAAGGAAAAUGCAAAAUUUCUCAUAUUUAGUCACAUGGAUUUCACUUGACACUGCUCAGACCUCCCAUCCUGAGUGCUGUGGAUGCUGUAACCAAUCACAUACACCAGAAAUCAACUGUUGUGCUAAGCUUCGAGUGUUUACUCCAAUCCCUAAUACUUCAAGGUCAACACAGAACAUAAACACAAACAUUUUGUAUGUCAUGUGCCAGUAGCAUUAUCAUUUGAACAUCACAUGAGCUACUAUUUAUUCCGUUUAAUAUCAACAUAAUAUCUUCAACUAUAUUAGAUAAACAGUCGUGUUUGACUUGACCUAAAGAGGUUGAAUGAAUGUUAGCUCAGUGGGAGAGGGAUUAGGCAGAUCUGUCAGAGCAAAUCAAACAUAAGCCAGCAGAUUCACCUGCUUCUCAGGCGAGAGAUGAUGCAACACUUGCAGAAACUUGUUUUGACUAUGCAAGUCACUAUUGUACUGUUGAAAGUCACUCUCACUUUGUCUCAGUCUUACUUUCUACGUGCCUUGUGCGUCCUCUGAAUUCACAAAGCUAUCACUGAAGUUGCUACUGUACAUGCAUUCCUUACAUUUCAAAGUUUGAGCCGCUGUAUAAGUCAUUGAUGAUGAAUGAAUGUCUAAGCUCCCCAGUUUUUACCAUUAUGGAUUUAAAGUUUCACACUAUGCCUCCACUUAAAGAUGAGAUAUGCUUGUGGGCUGUGUACGGUAAUAACUCUAGUGUUAUCAGUUUGUCAUUUGUUACCGUGACACAGAACACAUGUCAGGUGUCGGGUAACAGAUGUUCUCAUUUGAAACCCCGCAUUCUGAUCUUUGAAUCGCUUCCAAUGUAAUGUAAGUGAAGCCGAUUGGUAUCAGUUUUCUGUCAUGGCUGCUGUUGCCCAUUGAUAAUCAAUUAUUCAAAGCAGUUCAAUGAGAUGCGGUGUUCCAUGGUGCUGAAUAAAGAGAUGUCAUUUUAUCUCAAACCGCAAUACUUAGCAGCGUUAUGCAACGUUUACUUUUUGUGGAACCUGUUGAACCCUGUAGCUGCAGAGUGUCUGAUUCAUAAAGAGACGGAUGCUAUUGUUAUGGGACGUUUUAACAAUGAUACAAAAUAAAAAAGACACAUGCUCAUUUGAGCCAAACUUUGCAUGAACCAUGUGACACAGUGUGAGAUGUGUGCUCAUAUGAUUGAAGCGUGGUUUCCCCUAACCCAUCACCACGUUCUGAGAAAGUGAAGUUCACUGCUGCCAUCGAUCCUCUCUUCCCCUCUCUCUCUCUCCAUCAAACCUUUUUACAGUUUUCACAUUAAGAAAUCCUCUAUAAAAAAACAAAACAUGGUUGAGGUAAUGGACUCUCUUCCUGAAACACAUUAGACCCCACCUGCAGACAUCUCUUAUCUCAAGCUCCUCUCAUCUACUCUCAGUUCGUCUAUCGGCACUAAAUGUCUCCUCACUUCCUGUACAGGCUCAGACAGAACACAUACGCUCAUUUUCUUUGGUUUUAUGUUGCUUAGUUUUGUCACUAAAACUUGGUCUGACCCAGUUCUGCUGAGUAAGCUCACUGGAGCGUUGGGAAUGAAAUGAACCCGUUGCCAUCAAAAGCAUACGCAGGGGCACGCACGCACACAAACGCGCAGGAGUGGGGCUGGAAGGUGGAUGGACAGGGAGUGUAGUUGCACGCUGUUAGCAAAGACUGAACAGGAGGUAAAGAGCUGGGCCUUCUUUUGUUUUAGAGGCACUUCAACAAGCCUAGAGGCCACAGAUGUGCUUUUUUUUCCUGGAGUAGGAUCUAUGUGGGGGGAGGUGUGUUUUUGAUAUGUUUUUGAGUCUCUGAGUGUGUGUGUGUGCUCCCCUGCCAAAAGAGCAGCAGAGCUCAGCAGCAGCUCCUGACAGCCCUGUCACAGACAUAGAGAUGGGAGCAGUGUGUGUUUGUGUGUGUGUGCCGGGCGAGUGUGUUUACAUAUAAGCAUAGGCUGCAUGUCUCACCACAAAUUCUCUCUUGCCUUCAAGCACACACAGCAUAUGCAUACAGUACAUGCACCUAGCCUACUGUACAAACAUGCACACAUGACCUCAGUUUAUACUGAAAUCUUUUUUCUUGAUUUGAAUUUACGGCAAAUUACCAAUCCCCAAAUUUCUAAAAAUGUAUAUGAUAUUUUCCAUGUUUAUUAAAAGAUGCAAAAUCACGCUUGUUUCAGUGUCUAAGCGUGUCGUCUUGUGUCUCAUCUUGUUCUCUUGUCGGCUUUUAGGCAUGCCUUUAAAGAGAUCUCAUGCUUCAUCAGCUAACUUGGUCACUGGAGACCCUCCCCCUCAUGCACACGCAUAGAUAUAUACACACUCAGAGAGAGAGAGCUGAGCGUUGGCUUGGCAUUUAUACCGGCAUCAUGACAGGAUAGGCCUGCACAAGAUGUGGAGGGAUGGUUUGGUUCAGAGAGAUGAACAAUGGAAAAACAUGUCUGAAAGAGAAACCUGAUAGAGACAGAAAAACGAGAAAAUGACAGGGGGAGGGAUAAACACUGACAGGCCUGUGGGUAUCACAGCUUGACAUAGCUACAGCCAUCUAAAAUUCAUGACAUUGAAACCCAGGGGCUACAUACAUUAUGCAGGGAAACCCUUUAUUAACUGAAAUUACAAUUAAUUCUGUGUUGUUGUUUUUUAACAUGCAUGCACAGACUCUGGUGUAUGCCUGCAGGUUAUCUAUAGAAAAAUUUAGAAGCAAAUGAGGUAUCUCGAAUGAAAAACCUGAAAUAAAGAGGCCGAGUUUUCCUCUAUUUUGUUGCCUUCCUAUGGCUGAAUGUUACAUGUUCAGGUCACAUGACUGAAAUCUAUAUUCUGCGAUUUUUCUGAUCCCACUCCUUGGAAUAUUGUAAUGUUAUAACCAUAAACUUGAAUAUCCACAUAACUCAAAUGCUCAGUAGUAUCUUAUAAGUGUUGGGAAAUCCAAGCAAAUGUUUUAUCAUAGAAACACCAACGCAGAAAAGGCCUGGUGAAUCAGCGCCCUGUAGCUGUAGGUCAAAUGUCAACAUCAACAUAACUGAAAUCUGAACUAAAAGCCCUGGCUUGGAGGAUUUUACUCUAGAGAUUAGCUUAAACACUGUGAAAUGACCUCGCGAGACCUGCUUGCCUCUGCUGUAAAUACAAACUGACUGAGGAGUCAUUCUCAAUUAUGGCGCCCUUAACUUCUUCUCUGUCCUUCUUCUAGUCUGAAAUCGGCUUUGGGAAACUUGAGACCUACAUCAAACUGGACAAACUGGGAGAGGUGGGUUCAUAAGAAAACAUCACAGGCAAACUGCUCAAAUACUCAGUUUGACUGAUAUCAAAAUGCACCGACAUGCUUUCUGUCACCGCAGGGGACUUACGCCACGGUGUUCAAAGGGCGAAGCAAGUUAACAGACAACUUAGUCGCUCUGAAGGAGAUCCGGCUGGAGCAUGAGGAGGGGGCUCCCUGCACAGCCAUACGAGAAGGUACUGAGCUGCAAAACACUGAGAGAAAGAUUUUACAGAUCAACACUGUAGCAUACUGUGAAAAGCUUGUGAGGUUUAUUUGUUGUCGUUUUGUGAAAUAUGGUGGUUGCUUAUUCAUACUGCCAGUAGCUCACUGAGCUGCUGGUGAGCUGUGAGCUCCUUUGGAUCUCACACGUUGUCUGUGCCUGACUGACAGACUCUGAUAUGUCUUCCUCUUUAGUGUCUCUACUGAAAGACUUGAAGCACGCCAAUAUUGUCACUCUCCAUGACAUCAUCCACACUGACAAGUGCCUGACACUCGUGUUUGAGUAUCUGGUGAGUGUCUGUGCUCAGGAUGUGCGUAUGUUUAUUUUGUGUCUUUAAAGAGGGUGUGGGAUAUACUGAUCCAGAUUUCUGCUCUGCUUAUUUUCGUUUCCGCUCAUUAGGAAAAGGAUCUGAAGCAGUAUAUGGACGACUGUGGGAGCAUCAUGAGUGUUCACAAUGUUAAGGUACACCUCUUCACUGUCAAGUAUUUGUUCAAUAAUAUGUUAAAAUGUGCAGAUAAAAAGUGUGACUGUUUGAUAUAAAUACGCUUAUUUUUUUACUGCAGAAAUAAACCACUUUGAUACUAUUUACUGACGAAUAUUAUUAAUAUUCAUAUCCUGUCUGUCCACUCAGAUAUUCCUCUUCCAGCUGUUACGAGGUCUGGCGUACUGCCACAGAAGAAAGGUCCUCCACAGAGACCUCAAACCUCAGAACUUGCUCAUUAAUGAAAAAGGAGAGCUUAAACUGGCAGACUUCGGUAUGUCAUCACUUCUGUAAAUAAAUAAGUGAAAAUCAUGAAACUUCCUAAAACGAUCAGGCAAAGAAACAUUUAUUUUGUUGAAACUGCUCUUUGUGACUUAAAGCCCAAUUUCCCUCCAAUAAUAGCUGGUACGUUCAUUGCGACAUGUUCAAAGCAGGCAUGAAAAGAGGAUUAAGGCAUGCACCAUACUGACCUAAUUAACAAAGCACUGACACAAUGACGAAUUCAGCUGCUAUACAGAGAUAAUAAAAUCAUUUUCUCCCCAUUUGCUGACCUUUUUUUCGAAGAGCUUGAGAUACAGCCCCCUAUUAUUAAGAUUCUUUAACAAAAAUAGACGGUUAAUUCACACAUUUCAAUUGUUCUCAGUGGGGUAUUUUAUUUAAAAAAUGUAAUCAAAACAGCAGCAAUGCCUCACUAGCAGCCACUAGUGGCCAUUCUAGUGGCCAAGAAAUUUGAAAUUACAAUCUGUCCAACACUGCCCUCUGUAGGUAACAACCAGAAACAUGACAUGUUUGUUUUUCUAUUAUUAUCAAUUAAAGCAAAAAUGUAAAUUCAGAUUCAAAAAGAGUCAAAAAAUGCAAACUGUUUCACUCUCAGUUUUACUCUUUUAUUUGUAGUCUCUUAACCGCAAAUGUCAGAGAAGGUAUAAAGAGAAAAAAAUAAAUUUGAGCUCACUAACUCAUGUAACUUUGUUGUUUGUUUAAGGGUUGGCACGAGCCAAAUCUGUGCCCACGAAGACCUACUCCAAUGAAGUUGUGACAUUAUGGUACAGACCCCCUGAUGUGCUCCUCGGCUCCACUGAGUACUCGACACCCAUCGAUAUGUGGUGAGCAAACACACAUCCUCAGCAAAGACACACACAGCUUCAGAGAAAUAUGACACCACCUCUGUUCAUGCGUCUCUUUCAUCUUAAUGCUUUUAUAAAAUUCAUUGAUUUCACUGCUGCCCCCUGUACAUGUCUCGAAGCUCAACAUAGGGUUCCUAAUGAUCAAGCUAAAAAGUGUAAAGGCUAGUUUAAGAAGAAUUUGAAGGUGUGACUGGGUUCAAUGUUUUGUAAACAGAAGUAGUUUCUGAAUGGAUCAUCCUUGAUCAUACAAUACUGUGUGCUGUUUGUUUUAUGAGUUUUAACAGAGCAUAUUUGACAGAGUACAGUCUCCAGCUGUUUGCCUAGUCUUGGCAGUACUGAAUGAACAACCACAGACACCAUUAUUAUGAUUACACAACAAAGAGGAACUUAUCAAACAGGAAAGAGCUGCUUAUUUAUGUAUCUUUUAACUUUGUGGUUUAGCCAAUCUUGUACCAACAUUUCGAAAGUUAUUGACUCAUCUAUGCAAAACAGUGUCUACCUUAUAAGCUCAUGGAACACAGGCACCUUUCUUCAUGUGCUACAACACUCAUCUACCUUCAUCCAGGGGUGUUGGCUGCAUCUUUUACGAAAUGAUCACUGGCAGACCCCUCUUCCCUGGAUCCACUGUGGAAGAUGAGCUUCACCUCAUAUUCCGUAUCCUUGGUGAGAAAAGGACAUCGAAAUCAAGAUGAGCACUUCACCGUUUGUGUGUAUUCACUCUCUUCAUCUUUAACAUUUGGUUGUUUUUCUCAAACAGGUACUCCUACAGAAGAGACUUGGCCCGGUAUCACCACCAGUGAAGAGUUUAAAACGUACAAUUUCCCCCGGUACAACGCAGAGCCCCUCGUCAACCAUGCACCCAGGUGUGGUAUCAUGUGCCUACAUUAUGUUUGACAACACAUUUUAAAUGAUUGAACAAAUAUUGACGCAGAUUUGUGGUUUCUGUAAUGGGCGAUUCUCAAAUAUGUCCGCCUCUUGUCUCACACUCAUUUUUGUCCUUAGUUCAAGGUUAGGCCUAGAUCUGACUGCACUGGAACUUCAAUCUUGCUUUCUGUCUCUUUCUUUUCCUUUCUAUAACACAGGAUAGACAGUGAGGGUCAUGAAUUGCUCUCAAUGCUUCUACAGGUAUCAUUUUUUCUUAAAACGAUUAACCAUUUAGGUCUAUUCAAUGUGUUUGAUAAAACAUUCGUUAUAAUGUCCUAAUCUUCCCCCUUUUUCUGUACACAUCUCUAGUUUGAGGCCAAGAAGCGGGUAUCAGCUGAGGAUGCUCUCAGACAAUCCUAUUUCAGAAGCCUAGGGGAGGAGGUUCAGACAUUAGCUGACAGUGAGUACAAAAACCGGGCUGUGAUUGACAUAAAAAUGUUGUGUACGGACUUUAUCUCACUAACUGUUAUUUGUUAUUUGCAGCUGCGUCCAUCUUCUCUGUAAAAGGCAUUCAGCUUCAGAAAGAUCCAGGGAAGAGGUCCUCGGUCUAUCCAGAGUCAGGUACGUCUGCAUGACAGAAAAAUGAAGGGGAAUGGGGGGGGUCAGAAAAUGAGGAAGUCUCUGUAGGAACAUGCAGGAGAUAAGGUCUUGCUCCCUGUCCUUUUCCUUCUCUUAUGCUUUUCUCUGAGUGUUGUCUCUCAUGUCACUGUGUGGUUUUACACGUCACACACAGUGUAUUGAUAGGUUAGCGGUGAAACUACACAGAGCCAGAACUCAAACAGAAUACCUGCCAACAAUUGGGUUAUAAGAUCUGGGAGAUUUUUGCGGCGCUCAGUUUUGGGGUUACCUUGUAUGGUGGAUAUAAGUUAAUUAUGAGAGUAUUUGUAAUUAGAUUGCUCAUCCUAAUAAGUAUAAGUGAAGCUGCACACUUUUUUGUUCUUUUUUUAACAAUAACAAAUGGUAAUAAAAAAAUAGUAGCUACGAUAUGCCUUGAACUUAUUUAGUCCACUAAUAUUAGUGUUAAAGUCCUUAUAUGUUUUACAUGCUCUCUGAACAUCUGAACGCAAUACAGCACUCUUUUAACUGAGGCUGCCCUGAACACAUCACUCUAAGAAGGUGCAAGACUAUCAAUGUAAAUAUUAUAUCUCGCAUUUGUUUCCCUUUCAUUCAAGUGUUCAUUUUGCAACAAACACUGCUUAAAUAUAGUUUACAGCUUAAACUGAUCUGAAUCAUCCCAAAUUGUAAAGUAAAAGUAUCAAUCAAGUGUCUAUGAGGCUCAGUAGAAACACAGGACAGUCUUCGGUUGACUGGAAACCUGGCAACUUUGGACAAAUAUAGUGAUCCAAUUCAUGAAUGAACAUGGACCAUCAAACUACGGGAGAGUACCGGGAAAAAUGGGAGUGUUGGCAGGUAUGACUGUAACACAUCUUAGUAGGAGUACUUUGUCAAAGUCAACAUGCUUAAAGCUGUUGCAGUUAACAUCAGAUUUUAUUAUCAAAAUGUAAAAACCCUGUUAGAAAUCAAACAAGUACACACUCAGACACAAGUCUGGCUGCACGUCACUGCAGCGCAGCAGGUAACUGGAACCGUUUUAUCCAAACCCCUCGACAUUAACUGUGCAUUAAAUGUGCCUCUGUUACAUUUGCUUGAUCUACGUCAGUGUUUCUGUCUCUCUCACAGUCUGUGUCUCCUUUCUUUCUGCUUCCGCUGCCUCUCUGCUCACUUUCUGAUAAACUGUCCUUCCUCUUUCUUGGUACCCAUGCUCUCUUCUUUCCUUAAUGUUCAUCUUUUCCUUAAUCCUUUCUAUCUCUUUUGUGUGCCCUGCUCCCAAUUCCUCUGCAACACCUCAAUGUUCCUCACCUUUUCCCCCCCUACUUUCUAACCUUACCCUAAAAUAAAGCGAUGGCCCAUAAGCUAGGCUCCGCACCCUCGCAGUACUUCCAGAGAGAAGCAGCCAAUCCCAGGGCUCAGAGUCACAAUCUGUCCUCCACUUCCACUGGCUGAGUGGCCCCUAUCUUUCUGGUAAAUACGGUCUCUUUCAUUCUGUCUGUCCUCUAAUCAGCCCCCCUUUUUUCUGUUUGGCUGUCCCUUCCUCUCCGUCCCUCUGUCUGUUUAUACUUAUAUACAGCUUCUCAUCCCAAACUCCCUGAAACUAAGCUGCACAAUGUUUUCUACCUGGUAAAACUCUUUCCUUUUAUCCUCUCCUUUGUGUUUUUCUCUGCCUCCCUCCCCCUCAUCUCAGCUUUCACUUACCUAAUCCUCUUUUCCUCUUAGUUAGCCGCUCCCAGUGUUUAUUUCAGCAAUGAAAGGAGCAGGAAUACUGUUGUAUACGAAAGAAAAGAGGGUGAUGAGAGAACAGAGAUGGAGUCAUUUUGAUUCUUUUCAUUCACAGCCUUAUUUAGGUUUCUACAGCGAGAGAUGUAGCCUUUUUGUUGAGUCUGUAAGUGAGGGUUUGGUGUGGAGUGAAUUUGGUUGGUUGUGUGUUUUAAAAACAUUUUUAUCAGCAUGGACAUGUGUGUUUGUUUUCCCGCCAUGCUACAGUUAUUAAUGGGUACGAUUGAGCUUUAAUAAUGCAAGAUAACAAGAGAUAUGUCAAGUUACAGAGGUAUGAGAUCCGGCUUUUCUUGGCACUAACCACACUGCUGCUGCACUGAAUGGCCAAAAAUAUCUGUCCACAAACUUUUGUGUAAUUUUUUUAUUAAACUGGAUGCAGAAUACUAAAAAAAAAAAUGUACUGCUUUGUUGACAAAAGGAGUUUCAGCCUAAGACAAUUUGGCUCUUAUCUAAUAUUUAUGAACACAUACUAAACAUAAGGAAACUACUUUAGAUAUUCUAGUUUUAUCAGAAGAUUAAAAGUGAAAGAUUUCUACUUUAAUUUGUCUGCAAUUUCAGGUUUUAGCAUCUGUUGUAUUCAAACCAUAUCCCAAACACCUCCAGUCUGUUUUUGGAUGACCUGGAACAGAGUCUUUAAACCAGAUUUUAUCACCCAGCAUCAGUGACAGUCCUCACUAAUACUCUCAUGGCUGAUGGGACUAAAUCUCUGGAACCAGGAUCUGAAAUCCCAGAAUAGAGGAGGGUGUUACAUCAGCUAAAUGAAGCAGAUGGUUCGGGAACUAAAUGUUCGACAAUCAUACAGGUGUUUCUUUAAGCUGUAGCAAAAACCGACAGAAGAUAAACAACUGCUGCAUUAAGAACUGUUCAGUUUAUUGAUUUUAGAGGAUUUCGAAAUAAAAUUAUGAAAUAGUUUUACUGUAGAUAGAAAAUAGUUGUGCUCACUUGUGUUUUGAUUAAAGCAUUAAAACAUCCCUCGACCUUAAAUGGGCUUAUUUCAAUUGAUUCAAGUAUGUUCAGUGCUUUUGGCCAUAUUGAGUGUUUUUUUUUUAUGUUGCUGGCAUGGAGAAAAACCUCCAGGGUUGUGGUGGUUGAGUGUGUGUCAGUGACAUUGUCUUUCUUUUUCUCAUCUCUGUCUUUCUCCGUCUCUCUUUGUCUCCCUUAGCCCAGGGGAAGAGCAGGAGGCAGAGUGUGUUGUUUUAGAGGUGGCGGGGCCACUGAGCAGAGGAGGACGGUGACGGUGGAGCUGUCCUGUCAGACAUACAUUCACUGACCCUGACACACACAGACACACACACAAACACACAAACACAAUGAAGGAGAGACACACACGCCCUGCUGCAUUUACAUAUACACUGAGGAAGAAAAACCCACUCACACAAACAUAGAAACAAAAGACACAGAACAACGGCUGAAGAUUUCACACUAAACUAAGAAGACUUAAGACUCUAAAGACAGUAAAAUUUUAAAAAACUGAGACGUGAAGCUGGAAGAAGAAAAGUGGGAGAAUACCAGGUUCUCCUUGCUGCUACUACCACUGCUGUCCAGAAGAGGGCAGCAUUUAGGACAGCUGUUUGUGAACUUGCUCCAACAGUGAGCUGUGAAGAAGAACGAGUGAAACACGGAUAUGAAAGAGAGAGCCAACCGUUCACUUUCUCCUGCGCCUUUCUUUUUAAUUUUGUUUCAGACUUUUGCUGUACAUAAAAAAGACUGAGACGUAGAACUGCUUUUGUCAUAACACACCUCAGCCUGAAUCCAAACUCUGAAUAUUGCACCUCAACCCUAAACCCUCUCUCCUAACCUGAUGGCCCUUUACGACAAAAUAUUUCACACACCUCUUCUUUCUCUCUCUCUUUCGCUCUGUCUCUGACACCCACACAUGAACACACACACAUUGAGGGUUCACUUGAAAAGUUUGUAGAUCAAAGGAGUUUACAGAGAUGAAACCUUAGCACCUUAUUGUCCGGUAGAGGUCAGGGUGGCUGUCAUUACUUUACCUCAUCGUCACUCAUGCAGAGAAGGAUGGAAAGUACAUUAUGUUCUGCCGAUGUAUAAAACCAAAAAGGAAAGAAGAGGUCUCUGAGCAUAGGACAGAUGUGUUAUCCUUCAUUUACUGAAUUGGGCACUGCAGCUAAAACACCAAGAGUGAACAAAAGUUACACAUGUCACAUGCUGUAAAACACAUAUGUUGCCAGAUGCUCAUGUUUCAGUACACACUAAGAAAGACCUGUGAGGACAGAGAGGUAAAGAAAGUGUACAAAAUCCUCCCCCUGCUUAUCUCAGACACCCCCUUCCUCUUUUGCCUUGACUCAGACGUUGUCUUGAUUCGUUGUGUAAUGUACAGCUGUCCAUGUUGAAAUGUUCUCUUUUGCACCUGCUUUUACCUCCUUAGACCAUGAGUAGACCAUUCGAACCUCUCCUCUCUGACUCCACGUGCAUUGAUUUUUUUGCUAUUUUUUGAUUUUGAAUCUGUAUAUAUGAUCUUUUUUUUUUUUACUUGCCAGAAGCAAUGAUAAUUCCAGGAUGCUGUUCUCAGUCUUCACUGUGUUCCCUCGGUGGAUCAGUUGGCGACUGGCUGGGGACGUGUUGCACAUUCCUUGAGCUCAGGACUUAUUGCUUGUGUCGUUUGUUAGGUACAGAUGGUUUUGUUUGCCUCCCUUGUAGGGCAGAGUGUAAUUGAAAGCUGAUUUAAAGUAUAAGUGAAGAAGAAGAAGAAGAAGAAAAAUAAUUUCUUAGCAUCAUCCUGUCAGUCGUUCUCUGUUCAUUUUACCAUCAUAUCAAUAACUACCUUACCCGUGUCUUUAUGUCAUCUUUCCAUGCAUGUUUGUGUAUUGAACACAACUCUAGUCAGUUGGAUUGUGAAACAGCUGGAAAAGGAUUUAGAUGUGCAUGGGACAUAACCUUGUUACAUGACUUUUACCACAUUAACCUGAAGUAGCUCCUUAAUGAGUCUGGAGACUGAACCUUAAAUGAGACAAUGACAACACAGAGAGUUUGAAUGACAAAACUGGCUCAACCUCUAAGGUGUAGAGUCCGGGUAUAACUGUAAAUUCGCCUGUCUAAAAGGGCGCUCAAGUACAACAGGACUUUACUGUUGUCUCCUUCAGUUAUUGUCCUUUAGGCUGCCAGAAACGACAGGACCAAAGUCCAUCCUCCAAGCACCAGGUGUUCAAGCACACAACUCUUUCACAUACCCAUCAGUAAUGUGUUGAUGUGUACUGUAUCUAUGAGAUGGUCUGUGUGAGUUUUCUGUUCCCCGGGCACUGACCGCGGAUCACUUCUUUACCUGAAAAGGAUUCAGUGAAGGUGAAGUAAUCCCUGAUCUUUGCCUGUCAGAAGGACUACUUAUCUCCCCAGAGUGUGACGUUACAGUAUGUAGCAUGUACAUAGAUGAUCCCUCACUCUGUAUAUAUAAAAGUGUACAGGUUUGAUACAGCUAUUCACACUCUGGCUUUCUUUUUUUGUUCAUCUUCUUUAAUGAGAGUCAUAGCAAUAUUUCUGUAAUCAAUAAAAAGCCAAGGUAAUAGGAUGAGUAUGAUUGCAUCUGUGUUUAUUGAGUGAGGGAGAAGUGACUGUGAAUGAUCAAACUGUGAGACUUGACUUGACUGAUGACAGGUUUUUCUCUUUUUUGCUGUUCAACAUGCUGGAUCCAAAAGAGUGGAGUGCUGGAGAGGAGUAUUACACACUGAUUAUUUGAUUUCUAUCAAUGAAAGCCAUACAAAGGUGGUAUAUGGAUGAUAAAGGUGUGUUUGUGUGCACCAUGUCUGAGCACAGACCCUCAGAAACAAAAAGGAUGUGUACACCUGAUAAAAAUAAAAAAAAUAUAUAAUGUCAUUAUUUUUUUCUUGUCAUAAAUCCUUGAAGUUUGCCAUUCAGAGAGAUGGAGUACGCUGUUAUUGGUUGAUUGAAAUACAUCUGCAUAGUUAAUGAAGUUAACUGACUUCUAUAGCUACUAACUACUCAAAUACAUAACAAAACAAGACGAAUAUUUAUGUGCACUAAAAUAACAGAUCAAUAAAAUUUAAUCAUCUCAGUCCUCCAUUAGAAAUUGCAUAAGGGUUCUAGCAACUACAUCAGUUUGAGUGUGAUUUCGGUAACGCUUUCUUAUACGGUACACUAAUUACCAGAUAAUUAGCAGGUAAUUACCAAGUAACAACAUGAAAUUAUCUGGUAACUACAUGAUAACUACUAAUUUAAUACUGUCUAGUUUUUCUUUUUUUUUCUUUUUUCUGUGCAGCUCCAUUUUCAAAAGCUAUUUGGGGUUCUUAUUUUCUAUGAUUGCAAUACACUGUUUGAGCCAAGCAUUAUCACAGCGACUCACCUGCCAAAUACGUACAAUGCUACUGCGCAAGAGGUGGUUCCAGGAAGCGGAGAAAAUCCUAGAAAUACCAGAGCAAUUUGGCUUCAAAUUUGUAUGAUGAUGGAAGGUUACCUACCUGGUAGCUAGACAGUAUUGACUUAGUAGUUAUCAUGUAAUUACCAGAUAAUUUCAUGUUGUUACUAGGUAAUUACCCGUUAAUUACCUGGUAAUAAGUGUACCGUAAAAGAAAGCGUUACCAUGAUUUCCAUAUUGCUUACACUACAUUAUGUUACCCUCUAAACCGGAGUAAUCAGGAUCUGAAGAAAGGAUGGUUCUGACGUCAGCAUCAGUAUCAAAGGAUCACAUUGGGAAAUUUCUCUUUCUCUUUGGACAAAGUGAUGCCUCUUAUAUCUCUGUUGAUCUUCUCCCAGACAUGCGAUGGUACUUUUUUCACCACAAAAAAAUCAAAUCUAGAUGUCUUUAAACAGUCAAAGGUAUAAUUUACCACAGAAAAAGAAAGAAGAAGGCCUCAUCUGACAUCUACCCCCUCGCAGCAGUAGGGAGUGUUAAAUGUUAUCUCAUGGUCUACCUUAGUUGUUCAAAGGAUUUUAUUUAUGACUUGAACAAAUCUGCAAAUGUUUCUUGACAUUUGGCUAAAAUAUUGGCAGAUUAAGGAGAAGCUAGCUGUUUUCUUUUAACUUUGAAUCCGCAGUUUUGACACAUUUCAACAAUCUUUAGAGUUAGACCAGAGAGAAUAAAACAUGAUCAACACUAUAAAAGUCAGAGAAUGACACAGACAUAGCACAACAUUGAGUUUUUGUAGCAUCCUUCCUUCCCUGCUUGUUUGUCUGUUAUCUUCAGUUUGUUUUUGAUCCAGCUGUUUAUUCCUUUAAAGAUUCCUUGGGUGAGACUCUUUGGCUCUUGUUGACCGAGGCAAUGGUGGUCUCACCCUCUGAAAACUGUGGGUCUGAGGUCCAAGGGUUCCAUCCACAAAGAACAGUGGGGACAGCGUAUCCUCGAAACUGUAAACACAAACACAGCGUUGUGCAAUAAUUGCUUAUGUUUCGUUUCCUAUCUCACUUAAAAGUAACACUCUAAAUAAACCUACCACCUUUAAUGCAUCAUUUGUAAAAAAGUUUAUGCUGGAUGAUGGCUUACCUGUCUGUUCAUGAAAAUAUAAAUGAUGGGGUUGUAGACAGUGCUGCUUUUAGCCAAGAAAACCGGUAUGGUGGCGAUAACAGGGUCAAUAUAAAGGCUGGAGUCCAAUAUAACAGCCAUUGCCAUGGCGGCGUAUGGCAGCCAAGUUACCAGGAAGGCCAUCACCAUCACCACCACCAUACGUGCUACCUGUGUCUCCACCCUGUUUUUGCUACCGGCCUCUGAAACCUGCAGCUUGGUCACCUGGGAAACCAAUAUACAAGCAAAUGAUAGUUAUAAUUUUUAAAAAAGAGCAUGCAAUAUUUUCAUUCUUCACAGAACAUUUCCAUUGCUUACCUGGCGGAGGGUCCACAGGAGUCUCGAGUAGGACACCAUGAUAACGGAGAACGGAACAACAAAGCAAAGGAAGAAGUAUAUGACGAUGUAGGACAUGUUCCCCACAUCACGGCUGUACCAGUUAGGUGCGCAGGAGGUCUGAACCCCCUCCAGCUCAUAACUCCCCCAACCAAACAGAGGCGGUGUGUUCCACACAAACGACCACACCCAGGACAAUGCCACUCCUGCAACUGCAUGUCUGAAGAAAACAGAGUAGGUGCGUCAUAUGUGUUCUUAGUGUAAUACUCAAGAGUAAAAUAGAUAGUCACUACUGUACCUGGUCUGGAAAAGGACAGCACCCAUAGGGUAACACACCACAAGGUAGCGCUCAACAGAAAUGACCCCUAUUGUGCACAAACUUGCAAUACCUGACAGAAGAGAAGACAUGUAAAGAAGAUGGGUACCACAAAUGUUGUAUCAACUGGCAACAAAUUCAGAAGUGAAAAGUGACACAGUACAUUUAUUCACAAGUUACAAAUAAAUUUGAGCUAUUUGUACUUUUAAUAUUUCAGUGUAGUGAAUAGUAUUUAUUAAAAAGUCAAGCCAACAAAUGUGAUAAGUGUUACAUAUCUCUGUCUUUUCAAGUAUAUCCAAUAUUUUCCAGGCUCUUUAAGAUUUCACUAGACGCUAUAGUUGGACCCGAUGAAGAAUUUGAACUAUUACUUCUCUGAGCUCCUUGAAAAUGCUGCAGAACUUCCUUUUACUAAGUCUAUAUUUAUCCUCUCUCCUGGCGAACUCACCAAAAAAGGCCACAGCAAAGCCCUCCAACACACAGCCCACACGUCCCAAACUGAAGUAGCCCAUUGCACUGGUAAUUGUUGUGGGGAUGCCUCCAAACACAGCAGAGCCCAGAUCACAUAUGGCCAGGUUAACCAGAGCGUAGCUGAGCGGUUGUCUCAGCUGUCUAUGUUUCACAGUCACCACGAUCACCAGAACGUUGAGGAUGAUCCCGGCCC